AUGGAAGAAAUUCUUCCAUCUAAGGUGAAAUUAAAAUGAUAUGACUGCUUAGCCAAGAGAGGCGAUGAAUAAGAGAUAAUCUGACAGAGGUACAGUAUAUGAAAUAACUAAUAGCAGAAAAUGAAGGUCACCUGGGGGUAUUUAUCCUCUUGUGAAGCACCAAAUGAAAGGAAGUGAAAACUGGCAUGAAGUAUGGUGUUAAAACAAGACUGUGGGAUCUGAUGCCAACCACAGUCCUCCUCUUCCCCCCAGGUCAAAUGCAAAGGACUUCCGCACUGAACCACCAGGUGACUUUCCAUCUCAGGGUUUGUAUAUUAGGAAUUGGCAAACCUUGGUGGGGAAGAGUGAGUUAGGUGGGGACAUUCACCACCCCCAAAAGGCUCGUACCCUCCAGAACUUACUUCUGUACAUCUCACUCCUUCGCUCCUAUUGAUAGGGAACUCUCAGUCUUUUUCCCCAACAUGCAAGAUGGCUGCCAGAGCUUAGCCAGCAUUCAUAACCAUCAGAGGCUAUUCCACGUUUUAGGGGACCCUGGGCAAAGGUUCCUCUGCCCCCAAAUUCCACAUCAAUUUUUAUCCCCCUGCUCAAUAGUAAAGAAGAGGAAGGGGAAAUUCAAGAGCACUUGUUUACUGGUGUUGGUGAACAUGGAACUACUUAUGUGCUACUGAGUUAUAAUCAUAUGUGGCUUAGGGUUGCCUUAUUUCAAUUAGUAAAAACCAGGGCACCCCGAAAGUUGUUGAGCUUUUCUUGAGAAGACACCAAAAUUUUUGAAUUAGGAAAUGGCUGUUUUGCAUAGAAAGGUGUCUUUUUGUAAUAGGACUGCUAUUCUAAAAGGGGAAAUAAGUGACUUUCUCUUAGGGUUGCCAUAUAAAAAGCAGAACACCUUGAGAAAAAAAUUGGAGACCACCCAAACUGUUGAGCUUUGUUUAGACAAACCCCAAGGUUGUUGAGCGCCUUUUUUUUAACGAAAAUGCCAAAGAAACACAGUUUUUUGGUUGACUUCUCUAUGAUCCACCUUUCAUGACCAUGUCACUUCUGCCUUUGAAAUCCUGGUGAUGGACGAAUGGCAGCCCUACGUCACUGAAAGAAAGACACAAGGUCCAUUCAUAGAGGCGCUCCACAGUGGACGCAGAUGGAGAAAGUUGGAAUUCAACAUCUAGAAGGCCUCGCAUUGUCUACAAUUUUCUGAACAUCUGAAGGCAAUUCGGCAUAAAAGAAUCCCUUUGGCAGUUUCUGCAUUCUUGAAACUACUUGCCCCCCCCCCCCACCAAGGAUGUUGUUCAAGUAUUUUUUUUAGUGUUUUGGGUUUUUUUAGCUAGUGGAACAGGUGAGGAAACGGCUGAAAGCAAAGAAGAGGUGGGGUGAGAUUCUUCAGGGCAGAUCAAUACUUGCUUCCCACCUAAGGAGGCAGGAAAAGAGAUCAAAAUUGGUUUUGUAUGGUGGGUAGGAUUUAAUUUUGAAGAGAGGCAUAAACUCAUGGGGGGGACUUGUUUGUGAGGAGAACAGCUGCCAGAAACCAAGAAAACAGAGUAAGCAGAAGGCUUCCCAAUAAUAGCACUGCCUAAUUAUUUUUAAUCACACAUUUAGGAUGAAAUGCUGUAUCCACCCACCUUGGACAAAACGUUUCACCUCAUUUUUCAAACUUCUGAGCUGCGGGCCAUGUUUUUGCUCAGUUUGUUGGCCCUCAUCCACCCCAUAUCGUAUCUGUGCUCAGUUGUUCAUUUAGGGAUUGAGUAGAUGCCUCUGGAUUUGAUGGAAAUAAAAAAACAGAGCUGGUUGCUGUCAGUACAUUGAUUUGGGCUAUAAAUUGCUCCUUAUAGGAUUUUUUAAAAAUGGAACAUUUAUCUUAACCAAAUCACCUACUCUCCAUCCCUUAUUCUUCACCAGCGAGAAACGCAAGUUGUUUUUGUAUGCAACCGAAAGAGCAACAAAUCCAUUCUCAUUUGUUUUGUCUGUUACAAUGACAUCUCAGGUUUACUUCAUCCAGACCUUUUGUUAAUGGAUGGGGGGGACACGGAUAAGAUGCCACGGCACAUUCCCUGACCUGUUUGGUUAACUCCAGAUGAGCUAUUUUAAUUAUCUAAUGGGCUUUGCAAAAUCUGCUUGAAGUUCUGGUUGCAUUGCAACACUUUAACUGUUGAACACACUGCUAUUUACACUCAGCAAGGAGUGUCUUUCCUGAUGUCUUUGCUGCAACUUAGAAUAUCAGCUCAGCCAGGAAGCCCAUAUGCAACACCUCAUCUCCCUAUUUUUCAAAAAGAGAGCUGAAUCAACGAAGAAGAUGGGAGGGAGGGGAGAGAAAGAGCAUACUAAAUUAGCCUUUGGCUUAGGGAGUCCUACUUCUGAGGGCAGUUUGUGAGUCUGCAUUUUUUUUUGGUAAUCCACUUUGGAGAGAUUUGUAUCCUCAAAAGUGGGGUGUAAACAAGUGUAAUAAAUACAUUGUACAUCUUAUAACUGCAGCACGUCUUGCUGAUGCUAGACACUGGAGGACAUUAAACGUGAAGUUUGGUAUGCUUAUGUCUGGGAAUUACUUUUGAUGGAAAAGUUAACAGAAAGAGUACGUAAAAGAAAACAACGUGAGAAACUACAUAACUUUUACAUAAUGUGGUCCUCCUUUAUUACAUAUGCAUCAAAGAAAGAACAUGCAUUUAAACCCCUAAGACACAUGGGAGCAUGUGGAAUGAUAUUUUUUAAACCAGCAACUGUAGAAAUAAUUUUUUAUUUGAUUAUAUUACUUAUGUAAUUACCUGGACAUAGUUGGGGCUGUUUUUUGGGGGGGGGCAGGGAAAAACUGUAUUUGAUUGCUUGUUUUUGCUUGUAUGUUAUUCUUAUAUUCAACUAAUAAAAUAUCUAAUAAAUAAAUACAUUUUAGGAACCUGGGAAGCUGCCAUAUACAGUCGUACCUCGGCUCUCAAACGCCUUGGGAGUCGAACAUUCUGCCUCCCGAACGAUCGAAAAAUGGAAGUGAGUCUUCCGGUUUUUGAACAUUCUUUUGGAAGCCGAACAUCUGACGCGGUCCAAGGUAUGACUAUACUGAGUCAGACCAUUGCUCCAUCUAGCUCAGUAUUGUCUACACUAACUGACAGCAGCUCACCAGGGUUUCAGCAAGUGUCUGUCCAAGCCCUGGCUGGAGAUGGAUGACCUCGUGCAUGAAAAGCAGAUGUUCUGUCAGUGAGCUGCAGCCCUUUCCCUGAAUAUAUCAGGUAUAAAGAGCCUGAGGGUCAGAUGUCCUGAGGGGGACCACUUCCAUGAUUAAGGGUGAUCAUGUGUCCUAGUUUACAUUCUACAAUCCUCUAUUUUCCCUGUUCAGGUCUGGUAGUAUCUCUGGUGGGGGACGUGUCCUUAGGGUUGCCAUAUACCCAAAACUGCAAAUCCAGACAAAACUGUUGAGCUCUUUAGGGGAACAUCUCCCCUCCCCCCCAAAAUAAGUUUGCGGACUUUGGGGGAUUUUUUAAUUUGUUUCUUUUAAAAAAAAAAAAACCCUUGCCAUAUGUCUGGGUUUUCCCGGACAUUUUGCCAAUUUGGCAAAAAUCCCGCCCGGACGCCAAAAUGCUGUCCGAUCCUAGACGUAUGGCAACCCUAUGUGUCAUGCUCCUUCUGAGGUAGUUUGUCCACUUUUUGUUCCCACCCUGCACUCAGCUUUCGCCUGUGGCCUUUAGAAGCUGUCAGCAUGAGACAGCGGCCACCCCCUUGGCAACGGCAUAGAUUGGCCAGCUAAACCAGGUGAGGGUAGCCGAUGGGUCUCAAACCCUCGGUGAGUUAAGGACUUCCCCUGCGUGCGAAGACAGGCUCUGGCAGAUGGAGUGGAUGAGACCAAUAGUGGGCCCAAUGGUCAAGUAGGCAGUUUCUUCUCAUACCGUAGAGGGAAGUGAGGGGCAUAUGGGGCUUGUCAACCUGGGAAGGUAGCUCAUCUGGGAGAAGAAAAACACGGAUCCUGUUAGGAGCAUCCUACUCUCAUGUAGGACCCUGGCAGAGACACAUCCCCUACUGCCAUGUUCUUUCCCUCCUGGCCUGUCGUUCGGGAGCUUCAAAACCUUUCUUCAGUCCUAACAUUACAGCGACUGAUACCAAGAAGCAUCAGCAUGCUUAGGGAUCUUGCAGAGUAUUCACGGUUUGUGUAACAGAACCAGUAGCACAGCAUUUUGGCUAAUCUACUUUUAUUUACAUAUAAUACACUCAGAGCAUUCUGUCUUAGCUCCUUCCUCUUUCUCAUCAGACAGCAAAGAGAGAAAGGACAAAGGACAAUAGUCCUAUAUUCCAGAACACAGUAACACAAAACAUCUUGUCUCCGUCACUUCCCACACUGUGGAAUGAAAACAUACACCGUCAUGAGAUAGACAACAAUCUCAUGACUGCAAACACGGAGCAAGAAUCCUAACAGAUCCUAACCUUGUGCUGCCUUGUGGGAUAUCUUCAUGAGAAGAAAAGGCUAUGGAGUACACAAGUCCCCUAAGACGGUUAGAUGGUGCCUUUGUACGUCUCCUUCUGGCAACUCCUGCAGCCAAGCUGGUGCCAAACAUAUUGCUCUGCUUUCUUUGGGCCACAUCAACGAGGCUGAGAGCUGGGGGGGGGGUCAUCUGGGCCUCCAGAUGACCUCCAUACAUGCUACCCAGGCUUGCACCUCGGGGAGGUCACGUUGAUGUUGCUAACACAGCAGUUUGACUUCACCCCUGGAGGUGCACUCCAUUGUCUCUCAAGACAGCAGAUGCCAACAAAGUUAUAAACUGCCCUGUGCUCUUUCAACGAAGCGCUGUAUAUAAAUUUAAUGAAUGAAUAAAUGAAAUAAACCCAGUACAGCAUUGGAUUAGAGAGAAAAAUAUUCAGCUCUCUUCCCAAUUUGACUCUUAUCAAUACAGUGUAUUAUUAACAGCUUAAAAAAAUAUUCCUACAAAUCAAAUUCGCUUGGCCACUGAUCGUUUAUAUGCAUGCUUCUUAUGGACUUUCAUCCAACAUUUUACCAUAUGUUUCACCAGUUUCAAUUUAUAACUUACUACAGGGCAAUUAAAAAGUUUGAGAAAUUAGCAUAAACUGCUACAAUUCUUUAAUCUGAAAUAUGUUUACACUUAAUUCUUCCAGCACCGUAUCGCCAUCCAACCAAUUCAGGAUCUGCUUUGAUGUGAUAAACAUCUCGACUAUAGAUUAAGCAGUGAGCAUUUUUGAGUCUGCAAUGUAAUUACUGUUACGUUCCUAUAAUUUCCUGUCUGACUGAACUAUCUAUAAGCAUCAGUCAAUAGCUAGGCUGCAGAUGUCCUCCAAUUUCAUCCAGAUAUCCUAUCUUCAGGUUUAAUAAGCCUGUAUUCUGAACAGUUUUUAUCUCGUGGCCAAAGCCCUGUUGCCUUUAAUAUUAAUAUGUUCCUCCUGGUUGCCAUCUCCUGGAGAGAUUUUGGUUAUCUGUGGCAUCACUUUCAUAUGUGUAGGCCUCCAGCCUUUCUUUCUGCUUUGAUAACCUUCUCACAUUUAUAUAUUACCAAAAAAAGAAUCCUCAAUUUUUUUCAGUUGGCCUUCUCUGGGAUCAAUUCCCCUCAGACUCCAAAGUAUUCCUCCUCCUCCUCCGCCUUUUACCCAACUGACUUACGACAUUCUUCCUUUACAGCAGAGGUUUUUAACCUUUUAGAGUCCAUGGCUCCCUUGACCAACUACAGUGAUACCUCAGGUUACAAACACUUUGGGUUACAGACCCCACUAACCCGGAAGUAGUAGAGAGCCAGUGUGGUGUAGUGGUUAAGAGCGGUAGACUUGUAAUCUGGGGAACCGGGUUCGCGUCUCCACUCUUCCACAUGCAGCUGCUGCAUGACCUUGGGCUAGUCACAUUUCUCUGAAGUCUCUCAGCCCCACUUGUUGUGGGGGAGGAAGGGAAAGGAGAAUGUUAGCGGCUUUGAGACUCCUUCGGGUAGUGAUAAAGUGGGGUAUCAAAUCCAAACUCCUCUUCUUCUUCUUCUUCUACCUCAGGUUAAGAACUUUACCUCAGGAUAAGAACAGAAAUCGCACGGCGGCAGUACAGCGGCAGCAGGAGGCCCCAUUAGCUAAAGUGGUGCUUCAGGUUAAGAACAGUUUCAGGUUAAGAGCAGGCCUCUGGAACGAAUUAAGUUUGUAACCAGAGGUACCACUGUAUAUUCUUUCUGCGACACCCCUGUGGAGCCCAGUUCUGUCACCCUUUGAUAAGCUUCGCCUAUUGAACUGGCAGCCUCACCCUUUUUCAAACACCGUCCCUUGUGGGAUGUUCCCUCAGUCGCUUCUCCUCCCCCCUCUCCUUGGGAGUCCUCUGGGCAGCUGCUGGUGUGCCCCUGGUCUCUGAGCUGCCCCACCCCUGCCCCAAAGAGAGGUGCCAAAGAGACACUGCCCCAUAGGAGCCUGGAAGGAAGCUGCCCCAGCCUUAGCGGCCCAAUGGAAACGGGCCAAAGGUGAACAUGAGACAAACAUAUGUUGGAAAUGUAAAGAAAAAGAAGGGACUUUUUACCAUAUGUGGUGGGAAUGUAGAGAAUUUUUUUUUAAAAGGAAAUGAUAUAUAAUGAAUUGAAAAGAAUGUUUAAAAUGACAUUUGUAAAAACAAACAAACCCAGAAGCAUUUUUGUUACGGAUUGUAGGACAAGACCUGCCAAGAAAAAUAAAGAAUUUAUAUUCAUGUAUGCUACAACAACGACAUACAUCCUUGCUAGCACAAGGAUGGAAGAAUGAGGAAAUCCCAACAAAAGAACAGUGGCAAGAAAAAUUGAUGAGUUAUGCAGAGUUGGCUAAAUUGACAUAUAAACUGCAGGACAAGGACAACUGUGACUUUAUUUUUUAAAAAAAUAAUAUUUAUUAAAAUUUCAAAAAAAAAGAAAAAUCACAUUAAUGAGAAAAUUAACAAUAAAAAAGAAAAAUACAAAAUACAAAGAAGAAAAAACAGUUAAAAACAAUUCCAUCUUUUCAUCACUUCUUUUACAUUUACUUGUUUCCCGGACCUCCUCAUACCUCCCUCUUUUGUAUUCCAAUUCAAUUUGUUAAUCCAGCAAUUCCUUUCCCUCCUUUUAAUCCUAAUCUUUCAUCUUGAUAUAUUAUAACAUUAAAUUUUUACAUAUUAGAAACCAAUUUUUCCAUAUUCUUUUAUACCAGUACAGCUAGAAACCACUUAACUUCAAUCCAACAUCAUUCUAACAUUCAUUAAUUUUGCAAUAUUUCUGUAAAUAGUCUUUAAAUUUCUUCCAAUCUUCUUCCACCGACUCUUCUCCCUGGUCUCCGAUUCUACCAGUCAUUUCCGACAACUGUGACUUUAAGGAAGAAUGGGAACUUUUUACAAAUUAUUUAUAUAGACAACAAAAUGAACUAGACUCCUUGGCAGGUUUUGAAUAAACAUACACAAAUUUAUUUGUUGGUUAUUUGAUAGAUAAGGUAAGGAUAUGUAAAAUUUUAUAACUUGCAGAGAACAAUAUGUGCAGAGAAAUCAGAGAGAGGAGCUGAGGGAAGUCCUUGGUGCGGGGGAGGGAGGGAUGAAGAGGGGGGGAAGGGGGGAGAAUGUAUGUGAUUAUAUGGUUUGAUAAUUUGCCGUGCCUGCAUGGGGGACAGGCUCCCCUUCACCACCAGGCACUCAGCUCCCAGAUGGGCCUUGCACACAGCAUGCACAAGAAAGGCCAGGACAGUGCCUGCCUGCCAGUCUGCCUGGUCUCCUGUUUGUCUGUCCAUUCCCAACAGCAAGGGCUGCGGACUGGCUGGCUGGGCUCCCACAGCCACUUGCUUGCUUCCUCCAAGGCCACCGCAGCCCCUAGAAACCAGCAUCCCCGGCCAGAGGCACCAAACAAAAAACAAGUCUCUGAGAGGCAGAGAUGUGAGGAAGCAUCAGAGGAGGGAGGGAAGGAAAGAUGGAGAGAGACCGGUGUUGUCGGUGUUUGAUCGCCUACCGUAAAACAUGGGUGCAUUUUGCAGGUGUUUGGCACGAAUUUCGAGUGAACCAGAUGAUGUCAGAAUUUGGGCAAAAACCAUGACCCAAGGCUCCAAGGGCUCAUUUUUUUGCCUACCUGGAAACAGCACAUAUGCAGGGCAAGACAUCACACUGCGCAAUUUGCAGGUGUUUGACGCCGUUUUCGAGUGACUUUGAUAAUGUCAGAAUUUUGGUGAAACGAAGCAGGGGGCAAUUUGCAGGUGUUUGGCACUGUUUUCAAGAGAAUCAGAAUUUUGGCGAAAAAUGUGACCUAGCGGGUAAGGACACCAUGGGCUCAUUUUUUGGGCCUACAAGAAACACGGUGUAUACAGUGCAAAACAUUGCAAGAGGCAAUUUGCAAAUGCCUGGCGCCAUUUUCGGGUGAAUCGGACGAUGUCAGAAUUUUGACGAAAACUGUGACCCCGUGGGUAAGGGAGCCGAGGGCUCAUUUUUGGGCCUACCUGGAAACGCCCCGUUUGCACGGACCAACAUUACACUGGGCAAUUUGCAGGUGUUUGGCACCGUUUUCUAAUCAAUCGGACACGUCAGAAUUUUGGUGAAGACUGUGACUUGUGGGUAAGGGCGCCAAAGGCUCGUUUUUUGGCCUACCUGGAAAUGCGGCAUUUGCACCACCCAACAUUGCAGAGGGGAUUUGCAGGUGUUUGGCUCCAUUUUCGAGUGACUCGGACGACGUCAAAAGUUUGGCAGAAAAUGUGGCAAGGAUAGGGUGCCGAGGACUCAUUUUAUGGCCUACCGUGAAACGGACGCAGGCCUCGCCAGGAAGCAGGCCUGUUCAAGCUUCUGGGAUUAACGAGGCAUGUGAGCCUCACCUGUUCUGAGCCUACUCCAGCUAAGGAAUCAGACAACUCUUCCCCAAGCUAGUUAGCCCCACCUGGGCUGUGGGUCCUUGCCUUCCUUCCAUCUGAACUGACAGCUGUUAGUUCUGGAAUCCUGAGCUCAGGGGUGGUAUGUCCCCUUUUGCCACUUGAGGCAAAACAGGAAGCGCCGCCCUAUUCUGCACACCACUAUACCACCACCACCCGUGGAACCAGAGCCGUCUUUCCCAUGGGGCUUAGUGGUGCGUUGCGCCAGGGUGCUGGCCUCUCAGGGGCGCCCCAGCCAGUUGGGGAGCAGCGCAGCUUUGCUGACGGCCUCCCCUUUCCCUGCACGCCAGCUGUGCCUCAUCAACCAUAUGGCUGGCGGGCGUGCAGCUUCCUUCCCAAGCUUCUGCGGGAGGAGAACGAUACCCGCAAAGGCUUGGGAAAAGAUCAACAACUCUGGGAAAUGGGGGGGGGGGGGCGGAGGGAUCUUUGCACCAUGGUGUGGGAUAUGCUUAAGAUGGCCCUGCGUGGAACACUCACCACCACUGUGGCACCUGCCUGUGGCACUGCAGCAGUGCUGGCAUUGGUCCCUGAAAGAGCUUGCAAGAUCUCUCCCAAAUGUAAAUAGGCAUUUUGCUCUCCUAGACAUCUUGCAAGACUUUGAUGAUAUCUCGCAAGUUCUUGCAGGAAAUCACCUAUCUUUUUACCUGUAAGCACACACGUUUAAUUUUUGUUAUUUAAUGCACAUUUCUCAAUCUACCCCAGUAUGUAUGGAAGUGAGAGCUGGACCAUAAAGAAGGCUGAUCGCCGAAGAAUUGAUGCUUUUGAAUUAUGGUGCUGGAGGAGACUCUUGAGAGUCCCAUAGACUGCAAGAAGUUCUGAAGAAAAUCAGCCCUGAGUGCUCACUGGAAGGACAGAUCGUGAAGCUGAGGCUCCAAUACUUUGGCCACCUCAUGAGAAGAGAAGACUCCCUGGAAAAGACCUUGAUGCUGGGAAAGAUGGAGGGCACAAGGAGAAGCGGAUGACAGAGGACAAGAUGGUUGGACAGUGUUCUCGAAGCUACCAGCAUGAGUCUGACCAAACUGCAGGAGGCAGUGGAAGACAGGAGUGCCUGGCGUGCUCUGGUCCAUGGGGUCACAAAGAGUCGGACAUGACUAAACGACUAAACAACAACUAUCUGCCAGAAUUGCACAUAGGAUUCUGUAUCAUACGAAAUAACGCAUCUUGUUUUGUUCUGUCGUUACAUUACUUGUGGCAUUCUAACACUUCGGGUGAAGCCUCCUCUCCCUUUUCCUUUGAAAAAUGAAGUUCUGUGCUUUACACUCAGCAUGAAGGGCCAUUUAAAAUGAAACAGGUAGUUGUUUUGCGACUGCUUUUUUGGGUUCUCAGGUGUCAAAGUUAGCCUCCUAGCUCUGCGCCACAGCAACAUUCCCCUCCAUGAAUCCCUGCUUGGGCUUUCAUUGACCAUAAGCAAUAUCCCAUGGAGCUAGGUGGUGACACUCCCUGGAGAGAAAUUGCAUUCAAGGGCUAUAGCCUCUGUGCAUGUACAGAGUUCAUGAUUCAGCAAAUCUAUUAGACCAUUUAAAGAGUUGCAUCCCCUGAUUAAAUUACCAAAGGGGAAAAAAGGCAUGAUUAGCUUUUCUCACAAGGGACACAAGCUAGAGAUUUAAGAAAUUAUUCUAUUGCCUUGGAGGCUCUUCAAAGAGCUAAGGCAGGAUGGAAAAGUCUCAGAAAUAAAUAAAGCCUUAUUCUCAAUUAAAAAAACAAAAACCUCUUUUAUUUGCAGCUGUGUAGCUGAGUCCUUAUAAGGUGACUCUCUGUGCCCUGACAGGCAUAGAAUCACCAGUAUCACUCAGCAGCAGAAAAGGGGAGAAUCUUAAAUAUCUUUAAAUGAACUUUUUUUUUUUUAAAGCCCCUGUAAUUUUGAAAGCUGGCAGCAGAGGGCCAUAUAAGAUAACUAAUGUCAUUGCCUAUUAAGCCACAGAACCAUGCUGGAAGUUAGAAGCAAACUAUUCUGUAUAGCACAACUAUAUGUAACAAAACCUUAACGGCACAAGAGGGAAGGGGGUAAUUGACCCCUGUAAGGAAUGGGCAAGCUUGUCCGUUCUGGUUUCUCUCAGUCUCUUAUUUUUACAAUCUUAAAUUCAGCACCCCACAUUUCUGCAGCAAUUUGUGGUUUUGAGGUGUUUGCUUGUGAAAAUAAAUCAGCAUUUUCGUGCAAGUUUCUCUCGAGGUUGGUAUUUUUGCAUGUAGCUAAGUAACCAUCAUACCCAUUUUAUUAGGAUCAGUCUGUGAUAGUGAGCUGGCAAAGGUAAAAGGUAAAGGGACCCCUGACCAUUAGGUCCAGUCGUGACCGACUCUGGGGUUGCGGCGCUCAUCUCGCUUUACUGGCCGAGGGAGCCAGCGUACAGCUUCCGGGUCAUGUGGCCAGCAUGACUAAGGCGCUUCUGGUGAACCAGAGCAGCGCACGAAAACACCGUUUACCUUCCUGCCGGAGCGGUACCUGAGAUGCUUUCAAACUGCUAGGUUGGCAGGAGCAGGGACCGAGCAACGGGAGCUCACCCCGUCACGGGGAUUCGAACCGCUGACCUUCUGAUCAGCAAGUCCUAGGCUCUGUGGUUUAACCCACAGCGCCACCCACGUCCCUGUAAAAGGUUAUCUAUAUGCUGGCCUUUGGCUGAGGAGACCUUUUCUCAGUAGGUCAAGCCAGCUCACUCAGUGGUCAGGGAUGAUGGCAGCAACCUAUCUAACAGAAAAGGGAACACAUUAUUAGCUUUUGAUUUUGGUAGAUUGGAUUGCCACACAUCUGGAUUUCCCCAGACAUUACUGGGAUUUCAAAGGUGGAAGUCCAGGGGGAAUUUUAGAAAGGUGACAUUUUGUCCUGGAUCUUAGGCAAGUCAAUCGAAAAAUCAGAAUUAUUGGGAGAGGGUUUUUUGGGUUUUGGGUUUUUUUAGGUGAACAACUUUGGGGUUUGUUUUUAAAAGUGCAUCAAUUUUGGGGGUUUCCUAAAAGAAGCUCAACCAUUUUCAGGGGUUCCUAAAUGAAACUCGACAACUUUAUUUUGGGGUGUCUUGGUUUUCACUUUUUGAAAUAUGGCAACCCUAAGCUAGAUGCCUCUGCUAAGGGAAGGAGAGAUUGAGCUUUGCUUAUUACUUCUAUGUGCUGAAGGCACCUUUCCGGCCCCUGGAGAUUUGUUCCAGAGUUUUGGGGACCCUCCUUUACAGCAGGGGGAUGCUGAGAGAAGCGGGGAGUGGUGAGAAUAUCCUUCCUCUCCCUUACAGUAGCAGAGGCAUCUUGCUGAAUCAACAGCUGUCCCUCAGAGGAGGAACAGAGACACUGGAUUCCACCCUGUGCUUCUACAUAAGCAAACUGUAGAGAGGGCUCUGGCCCCAAGCAGCCUACAGUCUGCAACUGAUAAAAGGGAAGACAAUGGAUGAGGAGAAAGAAGUGUGAUGCAAGGAUAGCAAGGCCUAAAUGCGAGCAAAUGCAGGUACUCCUUACUAGGGUGGAAUCUACACACAUAUAAGAAAUGCUGUGAAAAUGCUUUUUUAAAAAAAAGUUUUAAAAAAUACGUUAAAUUUUGCAUAGCUCACUGUCGCCAUCUAGUGCCACAUAUGCAUAUUGCACUUUGCAAUACUUUUUGUUCUGUGACAGUUUAUAAAUUAAAAACAAAAAACGUUUUAUUUGCAGCUGUAUAGCUGAGUUUUUGGUUAGCGCUGUGAUAUGCUGGCGGUUGAACAAAUGUCAAAGGAAGGGUCACGUUUUCAGUAUUACUUUCCUCUUCACUCCCAUUUAUCAACAGUAGAAGUACAAAAUGACAGCAUGAAUGAGCAAGGUUAGGGGUUGUGACCAACUAAGGCCUCCUCAGAGUAGACCCAUUGAAAUUCGGGGCUCUAAAUUAGUUCUAUCUAUCCAUUUCGAUGGCUUUAUUCUGUGUAGGACUAACAUUGUACACAACCCAAGUUAUUUUAUUCAAGAACAUUUGCACGAGGAACUCUUCCACGAGUGCCUUGCAAACACCCUCCCCCCACCCCCACCCAAAAAAGGUGGCGGAAUUGUUUGCAUUCAGCUGAGGAAUGAAACAGGAAAACUGUAAGAAAUACAUUUUAAAUGGACAAAACCUGAACAAGCAGAAAAGCCCUGUGAUCUUGAGAUAUUUUCAGGCUCUUGGCAUCUGGAUCUUACACACAAACAUACACAGAGAGUAAAAUGUUUAUUUUGAUGAUAUAUAUAUACUGAUCUCCAGCGGUCGUGCGUUCCUGACAGAUGAAAGAAAAUUAUCGGAUGAAUUCCUUUGUGUGAACAUGCUGGGCAGAGUGAAGGGCAAAGGUACCAUUUCAGAUCUCAGCAGGGUUGGACGAGAGUCAAUGGUUUGCUGUUGGAUACAGUUCAAGAUUCUAUUUCUUUUCAAAGGAAGGACCGCUUUUUAGAAGCAUUUGUUAACAAAGCUAAUGCACAGGUCAAAAGGUCACAUGCGCACUGCCCUUUUUAAAGCGAAGGAGUGGCUGCGUUUGUCACACAUCUCCAGCAUACAGGCCAUUUAAGAAGCUCUCCUCUGCUCCACUGGAGAGAGGCUGAGAGGCCAGAGGGAGUGGAAGACAUCCUUUUUGCAGAGAAGAAGGGAUGUGGCGCAAUGGCAAAGCACCUGGUAGUUUAGACCACAGCACCACACGUGUCCCCUAGUCCUGUAAUAAGGAGACUCAUUUGUAUUGCAACCCUACAUAUACCUAGCAGUAGGUCCCAUAGAGCUCACGAGGAUUUAUGUCCAAGCAGAUGACACAACAUUGAUGGCAGAAAGUGAGGAGGAAGUAAAGAACCUUUUAAUGAGGGUGAAAGAGGAGAGCGCAAAAUAUGGUUUGAAGCUCAACAUCAAAAAAUCUCAACAUCAAAAAAACAUGGCCACUGGUCCCAUCACCUCCUGGCAAAUAGAAGGGGAAGAAAUGGAGGCAGUAAGAGAUUUUACUUUCUUGGGCUCCAUGAUCACUGCAGAUAGUGACAGCAGCCAUGAAAUUAAAAGACGCCUGCUUCUUGGGAGAAAAGCAAUGACAAACCUAGACAGCAUCUUAAAAAGCAGAGACAUCACCUUGCCAACAAAGGUCCGUAUAGUUAAAGCUAUGGUUUUCCCAGUAGUGAUGUAUGGAAGUGAGAGCUGGACCAUAAAGAAGGCUGAUCACUGAAGAAUUUACGCUUUUGAAUUAUGGUGCUGGGGGAGACUCUUGAGAGUCCCAUGGACUGCAAGAAGAUCAAACCUAUCCAUUCUUAAGGGAAUCAGCCCUGAGUGCUCACUGGAAGGACAGAUCCUGAAGCUGAGGCUCCAAUACUUUGGCCACCUCAUGAGAAGAGAAGACUCCAGGAAAACCCUGAUGUUGGGAAAGAUGGAGGGCACAAGGAGAAGGGGACGACAGAGGACGAGAUGGUUGGACAGUGUUCUCGAAGCUAGCAACAUGAGUUUGACCAAACUGCGGGAGGCAGUGGAAGACAGGAGUGCCUGGCAUGCUCUGGUCCAUGGGGUCACGAAGAGUUGGACACGACUAAAUGACUAAACAACAACAGCAAUAACAAGCUCAACAAAUUGGGGCUGCAAUCCUUCCCCCGUUUACCUAAGAGUAAGCUCUUUCAACUCUGUGGCAGUACCUUCCAAAUAAACAUGGUUAGAAUUGCACUGUUACUCUGGAUCCAGCCCAUUGUUUCCUCUUAGUCUCAGGGCAAGUCGAAGAGGAAGAGGAAGUGAUUUAAUCCUCAAUGAAGAAGUUGGGGGAAGAACUAUAAGGUAUCAGAAUUCUGCACUGCUGGAUUUCAAACGGGAAUAAAUCUUUUGUAAAAUGUAACUGAAACAUAAAUCAGCCUAAAAGAGCAACUUGUGCUUAAAUAAAAUAGUGAGGAGAUGGUUUCGGGAAAUGCACUCUUAUUAUAUGAGUUAUAUGUCAAUCAUUGUUUUCUCUACUAAUUAUGCACACUUCUUAUAAGCUUCUUUUAUCAUUGUUUCAUCCCUUUUAGUUCGUUCUGCCAGUUCAUUGCAAAUAACCGACAUGCUGGUUAGCACAAGGAAUAAUACUACUCCAGUUGUAAAACAAGGUAUGUAUUCAAAGUUUAGCAUUAAGUAUGAAUUAUAGGGUUCUCUCAUCAGCGUGAGAUGAGAUUCAAAGAGGUACCAGUGCAUUAAGAAUUCUCUAUUGUUGUAUUUGUCAGUUAUGAGCAUGGAAAUGGGAAUAAACUACCCCUUUUGUCAAGUGUAAGUAAAUGAACCUAAAAUAGCAACUCAUUUCCAUGAUACCUUUCUCUCCUGUACGGCACUGAUAUGCAAAUAUGUUUUGGUAAAACAUACCGAAAAAGCUCAGGAUUGAUGCGAAUAUAUAUGGUUGCAUUAAGAUUCUUUUUGGUGGAAGAUGGUCAAUGUGCAGGAGUACAUGUGCAUUUUAAAAAUUUUUUUUUUUCAGUUUUUUAAAGAUAUUUUAACAAGAAUACAAAUCCAAUGUUACAAUAAACAUGAAUAGUUUGACUUCCUCCCGCCCCUUUUGAGGUUUCUUAUAUUAUUUUAGUUUCUGACACUGCAUUUUCUUCAUUAUUCCAAUUAUUAGUUAAUCCUUGAUUUCUCCUUGAAUUUCGUUUUAACUGUUUGGUUUAAGUUAACCCUGCUAAUCAACUUGUAUGUGUACAAUAACCUUUCAGAUAAUCCACACAUUUCCCCAGUCUCUGAUGAAGUCUUUCUCCUCUUGGUUCCUUAUAGCUCCCAUAAACUUUGCCAUUUCAUCAUAAUUCAAUAAUUUAAUCUGCCACUCCUCCUUCGUUGAUACAUAAUCUUCUUUCCAUCUCUGAGCGUUAAGCAUCCUGGUCUCUGUUGCAGCAUAAAGGUAAAGGGACCCUUGACCAUUAGGUCCAGUCGCGGCCGACUCUGGGGUUGCAGCGCUCAUCUCGCUUUAUUGGCCGAGGGAGCCGGCGUACAGCUUCCGGGUCAUGUGGCCAGCAUGACUAAGCCGCUUCUGGCAAACCAGAGCAGUGCACGGAAAUGCCGUUUACCUUCCCGCCAGAGCGGUACCUAUUUAUCUACUUGCACUUUGACAUGCUUUUGAACUGCUAGGUGGGCAGGAGCUGGGACUGAACACUGGGAUCUCACCCCAUUCUGGGGAUUCAAACCGCCGACCUUCUGAUCGGCAAGUCCUAGGCUCUGUGAUUUAACCCACAGCACCACCCACGUCCCUGUUAUCUGGGAGUAACCCCUGUAAAUUCAGUAAGACUUAAUUUGGAGUAGACAUAUAUAAGUCUAUUUUUAGUACUGUUGUCGUUUUGCUGCACAUUGCUGUGGAUCUGUGCUGUCUGCCUCUGGGAAUUGCAAGCAAGGAGAGUGCUCUUGUGCUCAGGUCCUGCUUGCUGCAACGGUGGCAGAGAGGGACCAGUGACAAAGGUCUACAGAAAGCCUCUCCCCUUGCCAAGCCCUGCUUUGCUGCCAGGCAGGAAGGAAGUUCCCCCAUCCCAGGCUGGCACAGUGGUGAGGCUUGGCAAGUCCUCGCAAAGCCCUAUCUCUGCACUGGGCUGGCAGGGGGCAAGCUUUGGAAAGGAAGUCAGCCCUGAGUGCUCACUGGAAGAACAGAUCGUAAAGCUGAGGCUCCAAUUCCUUGGCCACCUAAUGAGAAGAGAAGAUUCCCUGGAAAAGACCCUGAUGUUGGGAAAGAUGGAGGGCACAAGGAGAAGGGGACGACAGAGGAUGAGAUGGUUGGACAGUGUUCUCGAAGCUACCAGCAUGAGUUUGACCAAACUGCAGGAGGCAGUGGAAGACAGGAGUGCCUGGCGUGCUCUGGUCCAUGGGGUCACGAAGAGUCGGAUACGACUAAACAACAACAACAGGUCCCAUUGAGCUCAGGAGGAUUUAUGUCCAAGUAGACAUGUUGAGGAUUCCACUAAAAGUGAUGCUACAUAUCUUUUUUUCCUUUUUAAAAAAUUUAUUUAAUUUUUUCAAUAUAAACAACAACCACAGAAAAUACAUACAACAAAAACCACAAUAACACUAACAACACAAUUUAACAAUUCAGAUUUGAGUACUGAUAUACCUAUAACUACACCUUUUUAAGAAUAUUUUCCCACCUCUCCUCCCCCUACUUCCCACCACUGUCCGCCUUAUCGCUUAAGUAUUCCUUCCAGAUUUCUUCAUAUUUAUCCAUUCUUAAUUUGCGUCGACAUGCAAAUUGUUUGUAUGUAGCUAGUCUGUUCAUAUUGUCAAUCCAUGUGCUCAAUGGAAUCUUUUUGCAGCUCUUCCAAUUCAUCAAAACAAGUUUUUUUUGCUUCUAAUAUGGCACGGUACAUCCAUUUUUUUUGAACCCUUGUAAUCUCCCAUGUUUCCGGUAUAUAAUUUAGAAUUAAAUUCAAUUCCCCCAAAUAACAAUUUUUGCUAUAUAUAUCCUCACCUCGCACCAAAAUGAUGCUACAUAUCUUAGGAAAAUCCACAUUUCAGUUUCUCGGGGGAAGGACAUUCAGCACAAAUGACUUGCUACUUUUCGACUUGCCUGUUUGGUUCUAAAACACCAGGGCCCUGCUGCGUCACCUCUGUUUGCCAUCCAGUGCUUCAGUGGCACUGCAGGUUUAAGCAGCUGGAUGCCCCAAGUUACAUCAUUUAUCUUAGGGAAAUCCACAUAAGGAGCAAAGGGCCGGAACCAGAAGAACUCCAGCUGGGUACCUGUGCGUGCUUUUCACCAAAGCCAGACUAAACGUCUUUCCUUCUGCAGUGUUGGAUGGCAGGUUGAGAGGAGUUCCCUACCAGGACAGACUUUGCUCGUGUGCUCAAGACAUUGAUUCCAUAAAACAUAUUUUGUUGCACUGUGCAAAAUAUGAGCAAGCCAGGGCUGAACUGAUACUUCCCUUGCUGGUACCUUUCCCAGGAAAAUCAGAGGCUCACUAUGUCAGGUUCCUAUUGGAAGACUGGACAAAUGCUAGAACAUUAGCAGUGGCAAAGAUUUUAUUGGUGGUUGCAAGGACCAAGGAUCCCUAUAUUCUGAACAAAAUGCUUGUUUAACCUGGAGGUAGGUUGUAUGAAUUGUGUAUUGCUUUUGUAAUGAUUUGUUGGGUCUCUGGACCGUAAUAAAAAUUGUUGUUGUUGCCUCUGUUUUCAAAGACGUCCCCAGCAUCCUUCCAGAAGCCCAAAACAGAGACAUUGUUUUACCACUGAAAACUUCAGGCAAACACAAACUGUCUCUGGUAAACAGGGGCAGCUGGAAUUCGGGGAAUCUGGUAGCGGCAAGCAGCCCAAGUCUGAACGUGUCUGCAGACACCGUGUUUCAUGUGGGGUUGGACCGAGAGCCAUUAACUCUUUGGGGAACCAAAGAGGGGAUUUGUGAACCGAGCCUGAACUUAGUCAGACAGUCUGCGUUCAGUCUGUUUCUCAUACGUUGGGAAGCGUCUUGUAGAGAUAGCGUAUUUGCGGGGGAGGGUUAUCCUAAACGCAGCCGGGGGUCACUGUGCUCUGAACAGGAAGCUCUGCUAUUGCUUCAUUGCAGCUGAUCCUCUGGAAUCCCAACGCCUCCUCCGGAGUCAAGAGGGGCAACCUCAGAGCACAGCAGUCACAUCAGGCUGUUGCAGCUGUGCUAACAGCUCCAGCAGCGAGAUCAGAUUACAUUUCUCCCCUUGUCUCUCUCUUUCUCUUUCUUUCUCUCUUUGCUUCCCCUCUGCCCCCAAGGCCUUACCUUCUGAAGCGGGAAGGGGAAGGAGCAGGCUGCAAAACUCACUCAGGAGUUCUCCCUCUGAGGAAGCGUUUGGCAUUGUGAGCUGCUUGGUGAGUAGCUGGUGAGAUUCUGUCUAUUGGAAGCUGUUUAUUUUGCUAGAUAAAGACCGCCACCCUCCCAGGUGGGUUUCACAUAGCUGGGUGUUGUUGUGAGGUACGUAUCGGGUUAUGGAAAUUGAAGACUGACAGCCUAUUUGUGUUUACUUAUGUCCAUUGAACUCAGUGGGACUUACUUCUAAGUAGACAUCUGCAGUUUUGUCGUGCAUGUAAAAGGUAAAGGGUAAAGGGACCCCUGACCAUUAGGUGUAGUCGUGGCCGACUCUGGGGUUGCGGCACUCAUCUCGCUUUACUGGCCGAGGGAGCCAGCGUUUGUCCGCAGACAGCUUCCGGGUCACGCGGCCAGCAUGACUAAGCCGCUUCUGGCGAACCAGAGCAGCGCACGGAAACACCGUUUACCUUCCCGCCUGAGCAGUACCUAUUUAUCUACUUGCACUUUGAGGUGCUUUCGAACUGCUAGGUUGGCAGGAGCUGGGACCGAGCAACGGGAGCUCACCCCGUCACGGGGAUUUGAACCGCCGACCUUCUGACCGGCAAGUCCUAGGCUCUGUGGUUUAACCCACAGCGCCACCCGCGUCCUGUCGUGCAUGUACACCGCAACAAAAAGACAGACUUAGCGCUUGAGGAAAAUAAAUUUUUCCAUGAUUUAUACUUGGGCUCCUCAUUUCCUUGGCUCAGCACAAUCCAAAGCAUAUUCUACUUGGAAACAAGGCUUUCUGAUUCAUGUAAGUGUUCAUCGGAUUCCAGCCUUAAUAAAAACCCAACGCUAUUAUGAUCCCUAGGAAAAGCAGUUUAAACAUAAUUCAUCAGGGGAGUUACUCUGCAACUACUUGCACACUUUAAAGCAGGGGCAGCCAAUGUGGGGUCCUCUAGAUAAGUGUUUCCCAAACUUAGCUGUUUUUUGGACUACACCUCCUGCCAUCCCAAGCUAGCAGGACCAGUGGUCAGGGAUGAUGGGAACUGUAGUCCAAAAGCAGCUGGAGGCCCAAGUCUGGGAAACCCUGCUCUAAAUGAUGCUGGACUGCGCCUCCAAAUUUCCCUGACCAUUCUGGCUGGAGCUGAUGGACGUUGUAGUUAAACUUCAGCACAUUGACUACUUGUACUUUAAAGCAAUAUGUACCAGAAAGGACUUGGCUGGGCUUCAAGAGAGGGAGCAGCCAAGUAUUAUAAUACCUUUUAUGGACAACUUUAUAAAGGCAAACCUUUAGAGUAGUGUUUCCCAAACUCCCACUCUCCAGCUGUUUUUGGACUACAACUCCCAUCAUCCCCCCUUGCUAGCAAGACCAAUGGUCAGGGUUGAUGGGAAUUGUAGUCCAACAACAGCUGGAGACCCAAGCUUGGGAAACACUGUUUUAGAGCAAGAAUGGGAACCUCUGGCUCUGCAGAUGUACUUGUCCCAUCAGUCCCAGCCAACUUAGUCAGAGAUCAGGGAUGAUGGCAUCUGUAGUCCCACAAUGCCUGAAUAGCCACACGGUCCACAUCCCUGAUUUAGAGAGCAAUGAGAAUUGCUUGACAUGCCCAAUAUAUGCCUACGUAGGUUGACGGAGAUGUAAGUCCCACUGUUACUCCCAGGUAAACUUUCCAUAGGUUUGUAGCCUUAGCUGGGGAGGCAUUUAGUGCAUUUUAGCCUGUAAGCCUAUAUGUGCUUACUUGGGAGUAAAUCACAUUGAACUCUGGGAAGUUUUCUUCUGAGCAGACGUGCACAUACACGAUUGUACUGUUAGUAUAGUCAUCUAUCAAUGUCUAUUUAGUUUGUACAACCAACGUUUUUCUUAUAAUGCUGUAAGUUUAGUUAGUAAAGAAACAGACGGUGCCUGAUCUCUGAAUGCUGCAACUCAGGAAACAAGAUGCAUUCCCUCCCCCUUCAUUAUCGGAAAGCCACAAAGUGGCCUUGAACUGGCUUAUUUUUCUGGAGGGAAUUUAAUGUACAGAACCACUCUCGCAAAUGCAGGCAAAGGUUAAAUCUGAAAACACCUUGCCCUGGGAAAUCUUCUAAAUUAGAUUGUGAUUCACCCUUCAUUAUGUUUCAAUCGGACAUGCCAGAGAACUUUCUCUCUCUCAUACACACACACACAGAGACACACACACAUACACACACACACAGCUUUUUUUCUGGGGGUAUGCAGGGGUACACAUACCCGUAAACAUUUUGUGAAUCUUUGUACUUUUGUCCAUUUACUGUAUUUAUUUUUCCUGAUUUGAACUAUACAAUGGUGAUUUUCUUGAGUCAAAAUGAGAGUACCCCUAAACAUUUUUUUAAGGAAAAAAGCACUCUGUGUGUGUGUGUGUGUGUGUGUGUAAAUAUUUCUGUUUUACAUUUCAAAAUAUUCAUUUAGACAACCUUAAAUCAAUGACUUCCCUUCUUCUCUUUCUGUGGUUCAUUUUGCAUACCAUGUUGUUGUUUAAUCAUUCAGCUCUUCAUGACCCCAUGGACCAGAGCACGCCAGGCACUCCUGUCUUCCACUGCCUCCCGCAGUUUGGUCAAACUCAUGCUGGUAGCUUCAAGAACACUGUCCAACCAUCUCGUCCUCUGCCGUCCCCUUCUUCUUGUGCCCUUCAUCUUUCCCAACAUCAGGGUCUUUUCCAGGGAGUCUUCUCUUCUCAGGAGGUGGCCAAAGUAUUAGAGCCUCAGCUUCAGGAUCUGUCCUUCCAGUGAGCACUCAGGGCUGAUUUCCUUCAGAAUGGAUAGGUUUGAUCUUCUUGCAGUCCAUGGGACUCUCAAGAGUCUCCUCCAGCACCAUAAUUCAAAAGCAUCAAUUCUUUGGUGAUCAGCCUUCUUUAUGGUCCGUGGCAUACCAUACAUCCCUGCAUAUUUUACAUGAACUAAACCAUUCAGUAUUCCAUUGUUACAUCCAUCAAAACUUAUUCACACUGCUGAAUUUAUCUUAAUGUUACCAGCGUUUUUAAAUGUACACAAUUUUCACCCGUAUAUUCAGUAAAUAUUUUCCAGUCUUCUUUAAACACACAUUCUUCUUGUUCUCUUAUUCUAUAUGUUCAAUCUGCAAGUUGCGCAUAUUGAGAACUUUCAUGCAACUAAAUACAUCACACUAAAAUGCGCAUGCAGAGAAAUAGCAAACCCAGGGUGACUUUGUGUAGCUCAGCAUAAAAAUAUAACCAUGUGACAUGUUCUUCUCAGUGUUAUCUUAGGGCAAACCUAGACGAGACGGUGCAGGUCUGUAAUCAGAUUUCCCAUCUCUAAAUUUUGGAACAAAGGAAGCUGCCUUAGUUUGAGUCAGACUGUUGGUCCAACUAGCUGGAUGCUGCCUACAGGGCAGAUGUGUACCUAGGUUCCCUUGCACCCUUGGCAAGGAGGUGCAUUGGUGCCUCCAAAGCUGGGAGAGACUAUAAACCAGAAAUUCUAAAAGUUUGCUUUUGCUGGGGAGAGGCUGUGGUGGGCUAUCUGACGGCCUCCUCCAGUGACCGGAUUUCUUUAUAUAUAUAUAUAAAUUUAUUUAUUUGGUUUUUCACAUUGAAAUUUUACAGAUAUAUAUCAAACAUAAAUCGUUAAAACAAGAUUCCAAGGAAUCUCCUGGACUUCCAUCCUCCCCUUUGUGAGUCCUAAUUCAAUCAUUUCCUCCCGCAUCUUUUUAUGAUAACCCUUUACCUCUUCCAUUAUGUGCAGAAUCAACCUUAAACUACAAGUGAUAUUCCAAUCCUACUAACGAUUUUUAACUGUUUACAAUGGUCUUUAAGAAAAGUUACAAUUUCCCCCCAUUCCUCAUUAAAAUUUUGGUCUUCCUGAUUUCUGAUUCUUCCGGUCAUUUUAGCCAUUUCGGCAUAGUCCAUCAACUUGAUCUGCCAUUCUUCUCUGGUAGGGCCAAUAACAUCUGGGCAGCCGUGGUCGCAGACAUAAAUAGUCUUUUCUGCUUCCUUGGGAUUUCGGCACCUAAAAUUCCUAAAAAGAAGGCUUCAGGUUUCUUAGCAAAGGUUAUUUUAAGCAUCCCCCCCCCAAUUCAUUAUAUAUCAUUUCCCAAAAUCCUUUUACUACCUUACAAUUCCACCACGUAUGAUCAAAGGUGCCUUCUUUUUCCUUACAAUUCCAGCAUAUAUUUGAGCAUGUUUUAUACAUUUUUGUUAAUUUACUAGGAAUUAAGUACCAUCGGUACAUGAUUUUCAUAUAAUUUUCUUUCAACCUAUAACAUGCCGUGAAAUUGAAAUCCCAGUUCCAUAACUUCUCCCAACCAGUGACCAGAUUUCUGCACCCAAUGGAGCCUUUGCACCUUGCCCAGCCACACAGAGCAGCUUCAGAGCGGCCCAGGGAUUGUGCAGGCUCCUAGCCACUUCAAGCUAGAGUGGAGAGAUGCGAUUUUUGUGCCCCCCAUGGGCCUGCGCCCCAAGCUGGCCAACCAGGUAGAUAUUCAUUCAUUCAUCAUUUUAUUUGUAUGCUGCCUUUCCAUAGUUAAAACAAUGCUCAAGGCGGCUUACAACAUGGCAAGAUUUACAUAAUUACCGACAUAACAAAAGUCAUAAACAAUACAGUGGUACCUCUGGUUGCAAACGGGAUCUGUUUUCCGGAGGCCCGUUCGCAACCUGAAAGGAAUGCAACCCGCGUCUGCGCAUGCGCUGGUCACGACUCGCCACUUCUGUGCAUGCAUGUGACAUCAUUUUGCGCAUAUGCGCAUGCGCGAACAGUGAAACCCGGAAGUAACCCUUUCCGGUACUUCCAGGUCGCCGUGGGACGCAACCUGAAAAGACGUAACCUGAACCAAACAUAACAAGAGGUAUGACUGUAAAUAAAACACAUCAAAAAGUACAGAACCAAAUGGAAAACAAUUUCCACAUUAAUAAUAAUAAUAAUAAUAAUAAUAAUAAUAAUUUUUAUUUAUACCCUGCCCUCCCCAGCCAAGGCCGGGCUCAGGGCGACUAACAAGCAAUAAUAAAAACAAGUUGAAUGAAUACAACUUAAAAACAAUAUUAAAAUACAUUAGAAUACUGAAACAUUAAAAUAUUAAAAUGCAGCCUCAUCACAGGAGGAGAAAGGGAAAAAAAAAGAGGGGGAGGGAAUCAAAUUGGCUCCAAGCCAAAGGCCAGGUGGAACAACUCUGUCUUACAGGCCCUGCAGAAAGAAAUCAGAUCCUGCAGGGCCCUGGUCUCAUGAGGCAGAGCAUUCCACCAGGCCGGAGCCAGAGUUGAAAAGCCCCUGGCUCUGGUUGAAGCCAGUCUAACUUCCUUAGGGCCCGGGACCACUAGGGUGUUGCUAUUUAUGGACCUUGAGGCUCUCCGUGGGGCAUACCGGGAGAGGCGGUCCCGUAGGUACGAGGGUCCUAGGCCGUGAAGGGCUUUAAAGGUCAAAAGCAGCACCUUAAAUCUGACCCUGUACUCCACCAGGAGCCAGUGCAGCUGGAAAAGCACUGGCUGAAUGUGCUCCCAUGGCAGAAACCCUGUAAAGAGCCUCACUGCUGCAUUCUGCACCCGCUGGAGUUUCUGGGACAGCUCUAAGGGCAGCCCCGCGUAGAGCGAAUUACAGUAGUCAAGCCUGGAGGUGACCGUCACAUGGAUCACUGUGGCCAGGUCGGGGCGGGAAAGUCUAAAACUAAGAACACAGCAUCAAUCACAAUUUAAAAUGACAUAGAUAAAAAAUAAAAGCAAUUUUUAAAAAAUUGCCCAGUAGCAGCAACAGCAGCAGCGCUCCUUUAUGGAGCCUGUCAGGCCCUGCCCCAAGCAGUGUGGAGAGAAGCAGGGCAAGGCCCAGCAGGCUCCCAGCAGGUCAGAUAUGACCCUGAGUGGCAGCAGCUCUCCGGGUUUUCACUGCAAUGAAAAUGAAGGUGUUCAAUAUGAUCUGGAAGGACAAUAGAAAUGAUGUCGGCUAGAUGUGUACUGGGAAGGUAGCACCUCCCAGACGGCACAGAUUCCUAUGUCUCCUUCAGAAAGCAGGAAUAGAAUAGCGAGCUGGUCUUUUGGUUAGUCUGGAUUAAUACGAAGACGUGCCUAAAUCUAAAUGACAAAUGGCUGGCCUCACUCUGUACCGGAAAUAAUUCAUUGCAUGACAGUAAUGCAUGACAAUAACGAUGCCAAUAAACAUGACGGACCAGGGAUUACGAAAAGGAAAUAAGCCAUAAGGAGCAGUCACACAAUAUGAUUCAGUGCUCUGGAAAUUGGUCAUAAACCUAAAACAGAGCAAAAAGGUGAAGAUAGGAGCUCUUUCCCCAACUAUUUUCCCCAGCUACGAAUAUGCGAGACGUUCGUUUUAACGUGCGUACGCAAUGGGAGACAGAGGCUCUCCCAUAUCCCUUGCAAACCAGUUCUGUUUUUUAGAAUCAGGGACUCGAAUCCGGAUAAGGUUUGGCUUGCUUACAAACCCUUGAAACGCACAGCUUAAUUGUGAUCCAAAAGCUCUGAAAAGGGGAAACCAUGGGACAGAAAGGAGAAGGUAACUUGGGUACUUCCCAGUCCUGCCAGGCUGAGAAUGUAGUUUGAGUGACUGGUUUCGUAGCUGGUCCUAGAUGCCAUGACCCUUCUGGCAGUUGCAUUCAAAGUUCAAGUAGGUAAUCUCUGGGUCUUCGGGACAUAAGGCUGACUGUAGCAGCCUUCAUAGCCCAAAACAACUCUCUCUUUUUCCCAGAAUCUUUGUAUACCUUCAUAUCAACCUCCAGCUUAUCCAUAAUGUGAUUGCCACAUAUUCCUUGUGGCUAGAUCCUGUACUACAAAGGUGAUGGUGACUAUGGUAAUUUAUGGAUUGUUGUUUUUACCUGCCUUUCACCAUAAGGUCCCAGGGUGAGGGACAUGGGUGGUGUUGUGGUCUAAACCACUGAGCCUCUUGGGCUUGCCGAUCAGAAGGUCGGUGGUUCGAAUCCCUGCAACGGGGUGAGCUCCCGUUGCUCUGUCCCUGCUCCUGCCAACCUAGCAGUUCGAAAACACGCCAGUGCAAGUAGAUAAAUCAGUACCGCUGCAGCGAGAAGGUAAACAGCAUUUCCGUGCGCUCUGGUUUCUGUCACAGUGUUUGGUUGUGCCAAAAGCGGUUUAGUCAUGCUAGCCACAUGACCCAGAAAGCUGUCUGCAGAGAAACGCCAGCUCACUCGACCUGAAGCAAGAUGAGCACUGCAACCCCAUAGUCGCCUUUGACUGGACUUAACCAUCCAGGGGUCCUUUACCCUUUUUUCACAACAAUAAACCAUAUAAUAAUAAAAUAUUAAAUUCAGCAUACCCUCCAACAUCUCUCUGAUUAAAAUAGGGACGUCCUAUUCCAUAAUAAUAAUAAGAUUAAUGAUUUUCUUAUUUAUACCCUGCACAUCUGACUGGUUUGCCCCAGCCACUCUGGGUAGCUUCCAACAUAUACGAAAACAUAAUAAGACUUAAAAAAAACUUCCUUGUACAGGGCUGUCUUCUAAAGUUACUUAUCUCCUUGGCUUCGGUGUGUGUGUGUAUGUCAAAUAACUCGAUACCCUCCAACAAAUUAGGGCGUCCUAAGUAAAAGUGGGACAUUCUGAGUUCAGAUCAGAAACUGGGAUGGUUUUUGCAAAUCUGGGACUGUCCCUGGAAAAUAGGGACACUUGGAGGGUCUGAAUCAGUUAGAACAACUUUCCAUCGGAAGAGUAGGGUAGGAUAUAUAUAUAUAUAUCUUCUGCAUUUGAGGAAAACUAUACAAGGAGGGUGCUGGAUUCACUUCUGUGAGGAAGAAAUUCGAUAGCUUAAACCACACUGGAGUGCCACUGCCAGUCAGUGUUGGCAAUAUUGAACUAGAUGGACAAGUGGACUAAAUCGGUAUAAGACAGCUUCAUAUGGGCAUUUCUAGAGAGUAUAUGGAGCUUUAGGGCAGCAAUAUCUAAAGCCACUUCCAGCUCCAGGGUUUUCUCUGUUAAAUUGGAACAAUGUUCCCUGAUGUAAUUGCCAGCAGUAUCCUCCUGCCAAGUAUUUAUUAUUACACCAUCUGUAUGUGUUUUCCCUAACUCCUUUAGACUGGCCUUGUUUGUUUAAAAAUUAAUCUCUGGAGAGCAAAGAAAUGCGCCAACACUUGUUUUCAGAAUUCAGAUAUUAAUUCUAAGUAGAAGCGGAAAUCCCCCCCCCCUUCCAGGAUGCUGCUAAACUUUUAAAGUCAAUCUAAGUUCAGUAUAAUAUUUAACCAGGGAUGAACAACGCGGUCUGUUUCAAAACAAAGGCCUUAUUCUCCCCUUGGUUACUCGCUCAGGACUGUUUCAGACCUCAAGAUGAAGGGAGACGUGUCUGAGUCAUCACAGAAAAGCCCCACAGAUUAACAGUCCCUUUAAACCACAUCAAACAUGAUCGCUGUUUGCUCAAAUCAGUUCACGCACCUUCAGCCCCAUCUUUUGUCAAGCGUAUUGUACUCAGUUGUAGAGUAGGAUGCUGUGGUAUAAACCACCAAGCCUCUUGGCAUAGCUGUCAACCGUCCCUUAUUUGGCAGGAAACUCCCUUAUCCCAGCACCGUGUUCCGCUGCUUUCCCGGAUUGAUGAUGUCCCUUAAAUUUCCCGGGUUUCAUGCUCGCCCGGCUCGGGAGGGAAGCAGCGGCUCGGGGUUCUCCACCUUGAGACAGCGAGAGAGCAAGCACGCACGAGCUGCCACGUCUCCGUCUCUCCCUUUUCCCCCUCAGGGGCACGUUGUGAAAGACGGGUGGAGGCGGGCAGGAAGGCAGCCCCUCUCUUGCGAGGCUUCCCCCGCGCUGCCAGGGGAAGCCGGAGGCGGCAGUGGCGGCAGUGGCUGAGGGGGCAGCCUGAGGGAGGAGGAAGAGGAGGGGAUGGGGAGGGAUGCAGAAGGGCGGCGCUUUAGUGGCUGCCGCAGCGCCGCAACCGCCUCAUGCUGGGCUCGCAGUCGGCGUGGGCAAGAGUCUCUCUCCCUCCCUCUCGGGUGGGGAAGGGCCGAUGGAACUCAUAAGCUAAGCAAAAUUCCUUAUUUUGGCUGCUGAUCCCUUAUUUUCGAGGCUGCUGGUCCCUUAAUUUCAAAUCUGUAAGUUGACAGCUAUGCCUCUUGGGCUUGCCGAUCAGAAGGUCGGUGGUUCGAAUCCCCGUGAUGGGGUGAGCUCCUGUUGCUCUGUCCCAGCUCCUGCCAACCUAGCAGUUCGAAAGCACGCCAGUGCAAGUAGAUCAAUAGGUACCGCUGUGGCAGGAAGGCAAACAGCGUUUCCGUGCGCUCUGGUUUCCGCCACGGUGCCAGAAGCUGUUUAGUCAUGCUGGCCACAUGACCCGGAAAGCUGUCUGAGGUCAAACGAAGACUCCCUCGGCAUGACACCUUUGGUAAACUGACUAAUAAACCCCUCAAAAUCCAUGGGAAAAAAUGAGAAAGUCUUCACUUAAGUCAAUUGCAGGAGGGCGAGUGCGCUUUGAAGAGGAGGGCAUUCCACAUAUGGAUUGCCAUUACAGAGGCAACUAUGUCUUGGGCAACCACAUAAUACACUUCCUCAACAGUAGGGUUGCCGUAUUUCAAAAAGUAAAAACCAGGACAUCCCGUUGUUGUUGAGCUUUUUUUUUUCAGGAAACCCCCAAAGUGCCACCUUUCAGAAAUUCCCCAAGGAUGUCAAUUCCGCCUUUGAAAUCCCAGGAAAAUCUGACAGUAUGGCAGCCCUAUUCAACAGCAGUACGCUGUGGAGAACUUUCUCGAAAUAUCUUAAGGCAUGGAUAGGAUCAAAUAGGAGUCUCCCUGCAUCGACCUACUUCCAUGCCACAUUCUACCUUGUUCUGAAGUAUUCCCCCACUUUCUGGAGGUGGUAUUUUUGUUUUUGGAGGAGAGUCCUGGAGCUACAGGAGGAGACGGAAUCAGCCAAAGUUGCCUCCUCUCCUCUUCAACUAGUUCAGAAUGUGGCGGCUAGACUGGUGACUGGGAGUGGCCGUCGAGACCACAUAACACCGGUCCUGAAAGACCUACAUUGGCUCCCAGUACGUUUCCAAGCACAAUUCAAAGUGUUGGUGCUGACCUUUAAAGCCCUAAAUGGCCUCAGCCCAUUAUACCGGAAGGAGCGUCUCCACCCCCAUCGUUCAGCCCGGACACUGAGAUCCAGCACCGAGGGCCUUCUGGCAGUUCCCUCACUGCGAGAAAUGAGGUUACAGGGAACCAGGUAGAGGGCCUUCUCAGUAGUGGCGCCUGCCCUGUGGAAUGCUCUCCUGUCAGAUGUCAAGGAAAUAAACAACAAUCUGGCUGUUAGAAAACUUCUGAAGGCAGCCCUGUUUAGGGAAGUUUUUAAUGUUUGAUGCUUUAUCGUGUUUUUAAUAUUCUGUUGGGAGCCGCCCAGAGUGGCUGGGGAAACCCAGCCAGUUGGGUGGGGCAUAAUAAAUAAAUAAAUAAAUAAAAUAAUUGAGUCCCCAAAGAGUCAAAGCUGCUUAUAUGAAGGUAAGGCCAAUGUAGGUAGUUUAUAUUAGAGGAUUGGAGGGAUGUUCAUGCACAGGGCCUAUAGGUACAAACCAGCCCCCUCCCCAUUCCAAAUAUGCAUUCAUUAAUCAUACUUAGGUUGUUUCAGCCGGGCUUAGCUUUUCUUGUGAUUGUGGACACAGGUGCUCCUACGUAAACUUUGCAAAAGCACAGUAAUGACAUUUUUUAGGAUGAUACACAAUGACUACCCAAGCUAUGUUUUUAUUGCUUUUUUCAAAAGAGGUGUGAAGGCAGAACAGGUCUAGCAAGGCUCUCUAAAAAACCUUUAAAGUAAGCUGUGUUUGCAGUAGCUUCAACCUUUGCAUGUGCAAUUUCACCCAUUAUCUCCUUUCUGUUUGCCCUUUCCCCGUAUCCUUUGUGCUGCAGCCGCAGAAGUGACUCACUCAAAGUGACAGCGCAGGAAAUGGAGCGGAGAGGGUUUGGGAGAGCGAGAGUCAGUAUCACCCUGUGACAUUUGCUAAGGCUGUCUGUGGUUGGCUCAUAAUCCACAGGCUGCCUUCUCUUUUGCUUGCCAUUCUGCCCAAUAGGAUGCCCACAAAAAGCUAAAGAGGGGGUUAAGAAUAGGCGUUAAAAGUCUAAUUACUAUGGAAAUCAGACCCAAACAAAGUUGUCUGAAAGGAAAAAGUGCAGCACACCAGAGGAACGCUCCCAUUGCAUGUAGCCAAGGAGAUAUCUAGGUGCUGUUAUGUCUUCUUUUUUAAAGAAAACGCUCCUUUUCUACAAGCAGAGAUGCUAUAAGAGUGCCACUCCGAACACAAAAUUUGUUAAGUUUUUUGUUUUGUUUUGUUUUUGCAAAGUUUCCAGCAGCUGAAUCCCAUAUGGCAACAUUUCCUUUUUUAUAUAACAACAAAUAACAAUUCCACAUCCAGAUGUUGAGAUUACUCUGACUCUCCUGACUCCCCCCCCCCAUCACUUCCAUGGGUCGUAAUGAUAAUAUUUACAACUGCAUAUCAAUAUUUAUCCGAAUUUUUAUCCUUCACAAUUAUCUACAGUUUCCAUUACUUUACAAGUGUGGUUAAAAUCCUGCCAAUGUUUUGACCUGCUUGCAGUGGUCUCGUAAAUAAAUUAUAAACCUUUCCCAUUUGUUUUUAAAGUUCUUUCCUUCUUGAUUUCUGAGCUUCCCAGUUAGUUUUACCAUUUCGGCGUAGUCCAUCAUCUGGGUUUGCCAUUCUUCUCUGGUCGGAGUUGAUUCUUCCUUCCAUCUUUGGGCUAAUAGAAUCCGUGCUGCUGUUGUCGCCUACAUAAACAGUCUUUCCUGGUCCUUUGGGAUCUCAGUACCUGUAAUUCCCAAUAAGAAAGCUUCUGGUUGUGAUUCAAGGACCCACCACCCACUUGAGGAUAAGAAAGACACAUGGACACAGUAUAUUAGGUUAAUGGGAUAAAAAAGGCCACAACUUUAUUGAUUACAGCAUGUGAGAGGUAUUGGCUUAGGCAUUGGAUAAAACAACAAAGCGUGACUCCACCCCUCAGAGAGGGGUGAUACUAUCAAGGUUUAACCACCAGUGGGAGGAGCCUGUUAAUGCAAAUACAACUGAAAGCUCCCCCUGAUGUCACCGGGGGUCGUGCCAUGGCCCUAGACACCAGCAAGGGCGUCGGACAGGAUCCACAACCGCCGGAUUCCUUUACCGAAAUAUCCAUAAAAUGGAGGGGUAGGCGAUGGCCACACCCUGCCCUCCAACACACGACCAUAUUCCAAUGCCUAACCGCCAAUACCCAAAAGUUGUGACGAUUUGCUACGAGGUAGGUGAAAAACCAAGUGGCCGGUGCCAAUUUGCCAGUUGGAUAAAAUUCCUACCAGGCCCCUUGGCCAACCAAGGUGACCAACCACAGGCCCAUAGCAAUGUCAAGAACCAAGCAAUGAACCAAGGGAGGGUGGGUGGGUGAUGCGGCUGGUUUUUAAACAAAAGUUAUUUUAAACAUUUUUUUCAUUUCAUUAUAUAUCAUCUCCCAGAAUUUUUUAACUACAGUGGUACCUCGGGUUAAGAACUUAAUUCGUUCCAGAGGUCCGUUCUUAACCUGAAACUGUUCUUAACCUGAAGCACCACUUUAGUUAAUGGGGCCUCCUGCUGCCACCCCCCAAUUUCUGUUCUUAUCCUGAAGCAAAGUUCUUAACCUGAAGCACUAUUUCUGGGUUAGCGGAGUGUGUAACCUGACGCGUAUGUAACCUGAAGCAUAUGUAACCCGAGGUAUCACUGUACUUUAUACGUCCACCACAUAUGAUAAAAGGUACCUUCUUUUUCUUUACAUUUCCAACGUAUGGCAACAUUUCCUCAGCAUAUCACCCCAAAUGGGAAUGAAUGAUAGCUGGGAUUGACAUUUGGCCAACCUAGAAUUUACCUAGGUAAGCAGCAAUUAUAGUGAAAUACUAUAGGGAGCUGCUUUAUACUGAGUCAAGCCAUCAGGCCAUCUCGCUCAAUAUUACCUACUCAGACUGUCUGGCAGUUCCUGGCAGCCAUGUUUUUUAAAGGGGACAUGAGAACAUCUCAACGCUCUAUUACUAAGCAUGUUUGUUUGCAAAUUGCAAGAGGGUAUGCUUCUGGGAAGAGGUGUUUGGGAUUAAAGUUUAUGACGGAUCAGUCAACACACUAAAUAUUCCAGAAAGAGACUGCAGCUGCUUCACAAAUGACAACUAUUCUGCCUCAAGACAGACAGUUCGAUUCCUUUUUACUUUUUGGACAUUUGACAGUAUCAAAUCCAGCUGGGGGGGGGCAUUUCUAGAAAUAAAUGUGCCGGAUCUGCCCCCUCACCACCCCCAUGGCUCCCUCACUCCCUUGCCCCCCUCAGCGCACCCCUUGAGCCCUUUCCAUUGUGUAUAUCUUUAUUGUUUUAAAAUAGAUCCAUUCGUGCCCCGAAGGCAAACCAACCAACAGGCAAACAUACAAUCAAAUAAACCAACUAUAAAUCGACAAACAGACCGUAGCAAUAUAUGAAACAACACAAUUCGUAUAACUAACAUCCUUUGUACUCCCAAUGAUGUGAACGAUUGUAAAACAAGAAAUUAAAAAUGACUUCCAAUUAGUCUCUCUGUACUUUAUCUGUUGGGACGCGGGUGGCGCUGUGGGUUAAACCACAGAGCCUAGGACUUGCCGAUCAGAAGGUCGGCGGUUCGAAUCCCCGUGACGGGGUGAGCUCCUGUUGCUUGGUCCCUGCUCCUGCCAACCUUGCAGUUCGAAAGCACAUCAAAGUGCAAGUAGAUAAAUAGAUACUGCUCCAGCGGGAAGGUAAACGGCGUUUCUGUGCGCUGCUCUGGUUCACCAGAAGCGGCUUAGUCAUGCUGGCCACAUGACCUGGAAGCUGUAUGCCGGCUCCCUCGGCCAAUAAAGCGAGAUGAGCACUGCAACCCCAGAGUCGGUCACGACUGGACCUAAUGGUCAGGGGUCCCUUUACCUUUACUUUAUCUGUUGAUUAUCUUAUACAGUGUUACCUCUGGUUACGUACUUAAUUCGUUCUGGACGUUCGUUCUUAACCUGAAACUGUUCUUAACCUGAAGCACCACUUUAGCUAAUGGGGCCUCCUGCUGCCGCUGUGCCACAGCUGCACGAUUUCUGUUCUCAUCCUGAAGCAAAGUUCUUAACCCAAGGUAAUAUUUCUGGGUUAGCGGAGUCUGUAACCUGAAGCGUAUGUAAUCUGAAGUAUAUGUAACCCGAGGUACCACUGUAUUCUUCUACACAUUUCCAUUCCUGUUUGAGAUUUUGAUUAGAUUGCAUUCCAAUUGUUGUUGUCAUUUCUGCUAAUUCAAUCAUUUCAAAAAAAUUAUGUUGCCAGUCUUUCAACGUUGGUACUUCUUCUGAUUUCCAAUUUUUUGCAAUCAAUAAGAUUGCGGCAGCUGCUGCAUAUAAAAAGAUUCUCUUCAUGUCUUUCAGGAUGUCAUUUGUUAUAAAUCCUAAAAGGAAUGCUUCCGGCUUCUCACCAAUUGUUGUUUUAAACAUUUUUUUUCAGUCCUUCAUGUAUAUUUACAAAAAAAAAUUAAUAAUUUUAUCACAUCCCCACCAAACAUGAUAUAAGAAUCCCUCUGAUACCUUACAUCUCCAACACAAAUUCGAUGUUAGUUUAUAAAUUUUAGCCAGUUUUACAGGAGAGGUCUGGGGUUGGGUCUCUGUGUCUGGAAACUUCUCACUUUUGUGUGGCUGGGAUGUACUUCAGUCUUCAAAGGUAACAUUCAUAUCCAUUGCUCCUUCUACUUUCCCCUCUGAGCCCACCCACCAAAUGAAGGUUGUCCACGAGAGCCUGAAAAAAAUGUUCUCCACCUUUGGCUCUACCAAAUUCGGAGCUACUUUAAACCCAAGUUUUGUGAUGUAUUGAACGCAGAUUGUAGCCCGAGCAGUCCUGUAUUGCAUAAGGGAAGAGGAAGAGUGAGAGCAAUGUGUCUCUGGCAUCCUCAUCUCUCUGCCCCUGUGAUGUAACAGUUUAGGAAUCUGAGAUACAGAAGGAGGGGGAAACGGAAGUUCUGUACCAGCUUGUGUAAUGUGAGGAGUUAUAGACAGUAAUUUCAGUGGAAACACUUCCUUCUCCCACUCUCCUCCCUUCAAGGCCUGCUUUUCAAGGGAACAAAAAUAUUGGGCAAUUUCUUUGUGAAAUCCUGUUCCUUGUAAUUAGUGUUGGAUCUAUUCCAUUAAUAUUACACAAGUCAUUCACUUUUUUAAAAAAUUGUUGCUGCUUGCAAAUGUUAUUUCAUUAUACGUUUCUGUUUCUUAAGCUGUACGAGUAAUGCUCUCUUCAAUUAUUCUGCUGGUUAUUAUCCGAAAUCUCCUAGGGAGCAGUUUGGGUUUAACAUAUGCAUUUCUAAUAUUAAAGAGUCGUUAACAUUAAGGCAGUACAGUGUUCCAUUAGUGGAGAGUUUAAUUCUGCUCCUAAUUAGAUACUUAGGAAUACUUGCUCCCAGAAUAUUUCUUUUGAAACCAGAGCUGACUUAGUGAGAUCCUGAAACUAUAGAAUAAUAGAAGAUAAUCUUACAUUCUAGGAGCUCAGUAUGAUUGGUGUCAAAUGCUUCAACUGUAGCAAUGUGGUCUAGAUAUUUGAUCAAGUCAUUUACUUUAUGAUCAAGUCAUUUACUUUAUGACUAAAACCUCUUUGGAGAAAUUGUGAGCAAAUGAAAGUAUGCAAUAAAAGACAUAGGUUUGCAGGAAGGCAGCCUAGUGUUGGACUUACUGUCAGACUUCCUCUCCCAUCAACCAUUGGCCAUGUUGGCUCAGGCUGAUGCGAGUUGGUGCUCAACUAUCUGGGGAACCACAUGUUAACCAUGCCACCGAUCUAGGACAUUCAUUGUAUAUCUAUGUUCAUGGCCUCCCACAAGGAGGUACUGGGGGCAUGCAUGUGCCAGGGCCCAUGUCAACAGGGGCCCCAGAUUCUUCCUUAAAAUAAAAAAAGGUAAGUUAAGCGGACAUUUCUGAAGAAAGUUAGAGCACAAAAGUGAAGGCAACUUUACUGUUUCAGCACUCUUAAAACCAUAAUAAUAGAGGCAUAGAAUCAUAGAGUUGGAAGGGAUCCUGAGGAUCAUCUAGUCCAAUCCUGAGACAAACCAUCUUGUAAAAAGCAAAAAUAGCAUUUACUCUCUCAGAAUACUUGUUGGAGAGUAACGGAUACAGCAGCUUUGUUCAGGCAGGCUUAACAUAAUAAUCCAGUUACAAAGACAUAGUUGUCUAGUUUAAAAUGAAGUCUGAGCUGUGGCUCAGACUUAGCAUAUGUUCUACAUUGCUGGAAUGAGAUGAAAGAGCAAAAAGGGAAAAGGAAGAGCCCAGGCAGGAGGAGAUUAUAUAUUAGGGUUCCCCAAAGUGAAAAUCCAGUCAUUUCAGGAACCAUUUUAUUAUAUAGGGCUAUGACCUCCCAUUUCAGGAGGAGUGGGUAUCAGAGUUCUCUCUAGCAAACUUACAGGAAAACUCUGUGAGCUUCAACUCCUAUCAUGUGCCUAUCUAGCAAACGUGCGUUGUUGGUUUGACUGCAUUGUAAAUACCCCACAAGUUCAAUGCUGGUGAUGGGGGAGGUCCUCCAUUCCACCUGAGGACACAGGACAGGCUGGAAGUCACACACAGUUCUGCCCUCCAACACCUCAUGCCUUCUGCCUGAGGCCUCGCUCUCCUCAUUAUUAGGGCCAGCCAAUCCACACUUUGAUCCAGCCAUCUCCAAAGUAGCCAAAUCUAUAGCCCUUCUCCUGGAAGUCAAGAACAGGGCUGCUGUUUGAAGUGAAUGGGCUCGCUGUCUGGGGUUGGGUUUUUGUGUGUGUGUGCCUUGGGCUCGAUUCAAAGAGUGAAAUAGAUGCUUUCCUUCUUGGCUGGAAGCUGUUUGAGUCCUUUACUGAACAACGAGGGAAGGCCUGCCAAGGAAGUGUGAGCUCUUGGCAAUGUCAACACGUGCCCUAGUUUAAGAAACUGGAUGGCAGGCAGCUACACUCACUUCAACCGUGACUUCAGGAUGAAUGAGAGGGCAGUUGCUCAGGACACAUGCCUCACUUGAGAUUUAAAUUUAAAUCUUUGUCGCAUGAGCACGAGCACAACGGACCGGAUGUGUUUGCGUUUUGCAGCACUCCCCGUGGCAUCUCGACAAACUGUGUGGUGACAAUACCUGGAAAGGAGGGCAAGAAAUAACCUCUGCGUUGUUUUUGCCCCUUCCUCUCUUUAAGAUAAAAAUAAACACAGGGGAAGUGCCAUUCCGAUGACUUUGCAUUGGCAUCAUUUCAGAGGCUCAGGCCUUCGCUACUCACAGGGGUUUCUCCUGGGAAUGGUGCAGGAGGAUAAAGGAAACAGCCCUGAAGUUCUGGCCACAUGUACGACUAUCACCCUGUUGGACAGAAGCCCUGGGUGUGUUGGAGGUGCCACGAGCUCCUGGUUCUCUGGGAACAAGUUACAGUGGUACCUCGGGUUACAUACGCUUCAGGUUACAUACGCUUCAGGUUACAGACUCCGCUAACCCAGAAAUAGUGCUUCAGGUUAAGAACUUUGCUUCAGGAUAAGAACAGAAAUUGGGCUCCGGUGGCGCAGCAGCAGCAGGAGGCCCCAUUAGCUAAAGUGGUGCUUCAGGUUAAGUACGAACCUCCGGAAUGAAUUAAGUACUUAACCUGAGGUACCACUGUAGUUCCCCUGAGGCUAAGUUGGCAGACAUGGAAAAAGUAAGGGAGGCAGAGACAGUGAUGGAUGAGGCCUUCAGGGACAUUAUAGCUGUGCCCCAUUCCCACGAUGAUAACUCUCCUGGUGUCAGGGAGAAGGCAGGUUUCAGGGAAGGAGAGUAUCAUUUUGAGGAAGAAUGAAACUUAGAAGGCACUCAUUCCUUGGGGGACAUAGAGCUAUCCUCUUGCGCCUUUCUUUAUCCUGGGGGAUGGGUCCAGGUUCCUCACCCCCGAUUUGUCCUCAUUGCUAUACAGUGGUACCUCGGGUUACAUACGCUUCAGGUGACAUACGCUUCAGGUUACAGACUCCGCUAACCCAGAAAUAGUACCUCGGGUUAAGAACUUUGCUUCAGGAUGCUUCAGAAAUUGUGGUCAGGCGGCGCGGUGGCAGCAGGAGACCCCCAUUAGCUAAAGUAGUGCUUCAGGCUAAGAACAGUUUCCAGUUAAGAAAGGACCUCCGGAACGAAUUAAGUACUUAACCUGAGGUACCACUGUACUAGGAGAUAACUCUGGCUAAGCUGAGAGUCAAUGGCUUGUCCAAGGCCAUUAAAACAAAAUGUGGUAUUUCAAAACCAAAUUUGGGUUUCAAAUGCAUCAUGUUCUCCGGCGUCAUGUUUUCUUUUGCUUUAUUCAGGAGAGGCGAGCAGAAUGAGAGCAGAUGUAUUUCUAGCUGCCAUCUUGUAUCUUCUGUCCAGCAACGGGCCAUGUCAUGGGACUGCACCUUCAGUGGAGGAGGAGGAGGAGGAAUAUGGAGAGGCUGUCGGUAAGAGAUCUGACUACAGCACAUUGAAACAAAGCGCCCCUGUUUAGCUGAAUAACAUGGCACCGCGUCAGUCCAAGUUGCACAUAAACUUUGUGGCUUUCUUCCGUUUUCCCUCAUAUUUGAGCAGUCUGUUUGCACGAGCAAUUCUUUGCCCAGUGAACAUGUGAAUAACUUGAAAUACAGUCAUACCUUGGUUUUCAAACAGCUUACCUCUCAAACGUUUUGGCUCCCGAACACCGCAAACCCGAAAGUGAAUGUUCCAGUUUGCGAACUAUUUUUGGAAGCCGGGUGUCCAAAGGGCUAACACAGCAGGAGCUUCCUGCAGCCAAUUGGAAGCCACGCUUUGGUUUCCAAAUGUUUUGGAAGUCAGACUUCUGGAACAAAUUCCGUUUGACUUCUGACGUUUGACUGUACAAAAACCCAUAACCUUGUUAAUUUGAGCUAGGGACGGAGGAGAAUUUUGCUUGGUCCACAUUUUCAAGUCAACUGACUAAAUGCACACAUCUUGGACUAAUACACAGAUCAGAACAUCAUUUGGAUUGUGCACUUCUCUGAAUUUUGCGACUAUUGGCUCGUGCAAAAAUGCACCCAAAUGCUUAAACAUAUAUUUAGAAACAUGUAAAAUGAGAUACACACAGGUCUUGCUAUCCGGACACAAUGCAAAUCAUUUUUCUGGCAAGUGUUCACAUCGCGAGUUGAUGAUUUCCAUUGAUUCCUAUGGGAACAUUUCCAAUGUAUUCCUGGUCAUGGAAUUCGGACCCCAAAAUGACCAAAACAAAAAAGCUCAGGAAAACCCUCUGAAAUUUGCAAAAGGCAAACGGGGAAAGAAAAAAUGCUCUCUUAUUGUGUGAUCUCUCCCCCUCCCUCCACCUUCCCAGCAAAACACCCCAAAGUAGGACUUAUUAAAAGCUGUUUAUUUGUUUACAGUACUACGCAUAGGUCUGGCUGUUGGGAUAUCUGAAUCUGCAGUGUGCGUAGCGAGGUUUGGGUGCUAAUUCCUCGUGUUUGGAUAAGUGAAUUUUCAUACAACAAGCGUUUGGAUAGCAAGACCUGUGUGUACAUAUUUUCUGUUAAAAUUUAAAAACAUAUAUAAGUGUGAAAUUUCUUACAGAUUUUUUUUUUAAAAAACACAAAUUAACAUAAAAAUAAGAUGGAACAGAUUUUUGAAUAAGCACAUGUGAAGUUGACAUGGAAUGGCAAUAGGUUGAUUCCUCUGUCCCUAAUCUGGACCAAACGAAAAAACAGCAAAAGAUAGACAAUUACUAUGGAAUGGCACUGAGGAUAAAGCCCAAAGCCACAAAAUAUGCACGAUGUGGUUUUUUUACAAAAAUUCCUGGGCGCACGUUAUUUUGUGUGUUACAAAGAGAGCACUGAGGUGCUAGAUCAUGUCCAGCAACCUUUAUCCCACCCCACCCCCGGCUGCAUUUCCCAAAGGGAAUGAGUCACAGCAGUCAAAAUGCCUUUUUCUUGUAAAUGGGAAGGCCUGUGAAGUAUUAGCAUCGCAGUUUGACAAUUGGGCUCAUCUAACAGGAAAAGCUUUCAGCAAAGUAUGCCUGGGUGGCUGGCAAGUUGUCAAAUCAAGCUGAUGGAGGGGACAAAGAAGAAGGUCAUCUUCUCUCUGUGUGACAAGCUGUUCUCCCUUGAUAAAGUUCAUCAGCAAAAUGUAUUUGGAAAAAGCCUUGCAAUUACAGCUGUGCAGAAUGCAUAUACAUGGGAAUAGCCCUUCCUAUAAAAGAAGCAGCUCGCUGACAGAAGAACAGACCACAAAAAGACGUAGCGACUUGUACCCAUUUGAAAUCAAUUGUUCCAAUCUAAAGCCCGUUGUACACAAAUGGAUGUGCAGAAUUAAAUUGCUGCCGCAUUCUGGAAAGAGAUUUGCUUUGGCUGGGUAGUUUUGCUUUAUUAGACAUCCUCAAAAGAGAGGGGUAGAGGAGAUGCGAGGCUGCUUUUCUUGUGAUAGCCACGUGUAAAGUCUACUUUUCAGCAUUCUGUCAUAAGCUCCAGUACAAUGGACCCUCUAUAUUAUAUUUCAUGAACUAUGCUGUGUAUAGUCAGUGGACACGGGUGGCGCUGUGGUCUAAACCACUGCUGACCCAGUUCAGCUACUGAUUGAUUGAAUGUGUGACUGCAGUACAUUGUUUAUUGCUUUCAUUUUGUGGAUCAAUGGUCUCGUUAAAUAGUAAAAUUCAUGUUAAAUUGCUGUUUUGGGGGUUGUUUUUAAAAGACUGGAACGGAUUAAUCCAUUUUGCAUUACUUUCUAUGGGAAAGUGUGCCUUGGUUUUGGAAAGCUUUGGUUUUGGAAUGGACUUCCAGAAUGGAUUAAGUUUGAGACCAAGGUACCACUGUAAAUAAAAGAAGCAAAGGGCUCUAUAAGCCUUCCAGAACUUGCAGCCCAAGAGGACCUCAUUUUGAGAUGCAGCAACUAUCUUCAUCUCUUAUGUAGCAAUCGCUAUUUCUUCCAUGCUUGCAUUAUUUCCAGUGUACUCAGUGUCAUUCUAGGAUGCAGCGAGCAUGCUGAAAAGAUAGCUCAACCCCCCCCAAAAAAGUCUGAGAUUGCUUUUGCAAUUCAGUGGAGGCUAAACCGCUAGUGGAAUAGUUUAUUUAUAACAUUCGUCUUCGUCAAUUUCCACCCCUGGCGUAAGGCAUGGUCUCUGUGGGACUUAUUAGGACCAGCAUCCUAGCUCUGCCUUAUUUCCGCCAACAUACAUGCUUGAUUUUCAGUUUCCCUUCCUCAAAAUUUACACACUUUCUGCCUAACUUCUCCCUGUGGAUUCCAACAAAUCUGAACCCACACAUGCAUAGCAGCCAACACUUCCAUAGAAAUAAAAACCACGCGGGGCCAUGAGAAACCGACAAGAAACUGGGUGGCUCUCUAAAUGUUGUUGUUGUUUUAAAAAAUCUGCCCUGCCCCCCUGAGGACUGAGCUUAAAAUGCUGUCUCAUGAAGUCAUCUGGGAAUAAGUUUGCAGAACUUAUUCUGCUUCUGUUAGUCAUGGGGAAGCUCCCAGAGUAAUAAGCUGCAAAGAGGAACAAAACAUGGGCCAUUUCAGGAAUCACUGUGGACUCACUCACAGUGACCCCGGCCCCAGGGAACAAAGGCCUGGACAAUUGCUUGCGUACAACUUAAAAAUGAAGUAGAUUGGUAAUUUAGCCUUGAGAGUAGAUGACAUCAGCUGCCAAUUAUCCUAUAAUAUUAUACAGUUCAUUGGAAACAAGGCGGUGCAGCGGUCAAUUUUAAAGUGCAAGAGUUCAUGGUGACGACCUCCACAGACACGUCGGCAAGGAUAGUCUACAGUCACGUCCCAAAGAGCAAUCCAAAAAUGCUAUAUACACACACCAGGCAAAGGGUCUUCUCGGCAGUGGUGCCCUUCCAUCAGAUGUCAGGGAGAUAAAGAAUCACUGGCGGAGGAAGAGGAAUGUGGGGGAAGCGCACUGCCCCCAGCAGCGCGAUCCUGGUGGGAUGCCAUAGCGGUUGUUCCCCUGCCUGCACUGGGCGCCACGCCCCUGCAGGCGGCAUGCCACGCCCCCAGGACACACACCAUGCCCCUGUGGGCGGCGUGGUGCCACACCCCCAGAACGCACGCCAGCCCUGACCCCAUCUGCUCUCCGCCCCCCGGUGCCGGAGCAUGAAACUCCGCCACUGUAAAGAAUUACACAACGUUUAGAAAACAUCUGAAGGCAGCCCUGUUUAGGGAAGUUUUUAAUGUCAGGCAUUUUAUUAUUUUUUAUAUUUUGCUGGAAGCUGCCCAGAUGGGCAGGGUAUAAACAAUAAAAUUAUGGUGAUGAGUAUGAUGAUUUAUUGGGUUCCACACAGUCACAAAAACAAAAGAGCCGCAAAAACAAAAACGCAAAAUAAAUAGGAAUAACAGACAGAUCUUAGCGCAACACUCAAAACAGAAUUGUGGCACUCAAAUCGGAAGUGUGGUGCUCAAAUCAGAAGUGUAGCACUCAAAACGGAGCACGUUCUACUUCCGAAAGAAGUUCACAAACCGGAACACUUACUUCCGGGUUUGCAGUGUUUAGGUUCCAUGUUGUUUGAGAACUAAGGUACCACUGUAUUUAUAUUUGGUGGAAUAUUCUAAUCAAUGCUUCUUUUUUAAAAUAAGUAACAGCAAUUGUUGGGCAUCAGGCCCAAAUGCACCUGUGGUUGGCGUGUUAGUUUUUUAAAAGAAAAGAAAGAAAAUUGGCAUCCAUAUCUAGCACCAGCUCAAAGGUAUGUGAGGCUGGGUCUAUGGCUUAGGGAUAGGGCCAUGAAGCUAUUUACUGAGUAGUGGACAGCCUAGUUGGGUGGAGGCACUUAACCAGGCACAGGCAAACUCAGCCCUCCAGAUAUUUUGGGACUACAACUCCCAUCAUCCCUGACCACUGGUCCUGUUAGCUAGGGAAGAUGGGAGUUGUAGCCCCAGAACAUCUGGAGGGCCGAGUUUGCCUGUGCCUGCACUUGCCUGACCUCCCAGCAAGGGUGUCACUGUUGUUUACUAGGAAUGCAAGGGGAAGACAGCAGCUUGGUCAGUGUGGUGCAGACACACCAGCAGAGCCAAUGCAGUGCUCCUACAGGUAUGUGUUUGCACCACACAACACACCCCACCAUCUCAACUAGCUCCCCACCACCACUCCUGGUACCAUACCCUCCAUGUGUCCCUAUUUCCCAGGGACAGUCCUGGAAUUACAGAAGGCAUGCGGUUUCUGAUUUGAUCCCGGAACGUCCCGGUUUUGCUUUUUCCUCCCUCCGCAUCUUAGAGAACAAUUAAAAGGUUCGAGAGGCUCAGAGGGUGGCAACACGAGAACAGGGCCUUCUCUGCAGUGGCUCCCCGCCUGUGGAAUACUCUCCCCAGGGAGGCUUGCCUGGUGCUAUGGUUAAGGAUAUUUAGAUACUAGGCAAGAACUUGCCUUUGCAACCAGGCCUUUGACUGAUUGACAUCCAAGGCCCUUUUAAAAUGUGCUGGGGAGGGGGGGAUUAUUAAGUUGUUCUUGUUUUUAUUUGUGUUAUGUACAGUAUUUUGUGUUUUUAUGGUGUGAUCUUACCUUGCGAACUGCCAUAAGACCUGCGGGCAUAGGGCAGUAUAAAAAAUUAAAUAUAAUAAUAAUAAUAUGCAGUUUUGUAAAGUUCUUGCAGAUUUUUUAUUCGAAGGGUAUGCUCACAGAACUCCGCCUUCACAAAACUGUAAAGGGACACACCACCCUGGGAAAAAAUUGUAAGGUCUGAGAGCAGCUGCUUCCUUUUAAACUGCACCUAAUCCCCAAAUUCACGGGUGGCGCUGUGGGUUAAACCACAGAGCCUAGGACUUGCCGAUCAGAAGGUCAGCGGUUCGAAUCCGAGUGACGGGGUGAGCUCCCAUUGUUCGGUCCCUGCUCCUGCCAACCUAGCAGUUCGAAAAGACGUCAAAGUGCAAGCAGAUAAAUAGGUACUGCUCUGGCGGGAAGCUAAAUGGCGUUUCCAUGCGCUGCUCUGGUUCGCCAGAAGUGGCUUAGUCAUGCUGGCCACAUGACCCGGAAGCUGUACGCUGGCUCCCUCGGCCAAUAAAGCAAGAUGAGUGCCACAACCCCAGAGUCGGCCACGACUGGACCUAAUGGUCAGGGGUCCCUUUAACCUUUACAUUUAAUCCCCAAAUUGGCUUUUUAAAAACUUGGGUAUGUAUUAAUUUGUGGCCUGUCAGCUUCUUACUAGGAAACUGCAAAAACUGUGGGUGGGUGUUGGCUUUAGAUCUGCAUGUUCCAGUGAGUCCGUUGAAUUUAUGACUCUCUGGUCUGUUAUUUUCUGGGGGCGAUGCUGCCCUCUGGAGAACAUUUGGUGCUCAUCGGCAUUCAGGUACGACGUGGCACAUUUAACAUAUUCGUAGCUCCCUGCAAGAAAAACAGGCAUGCAUUUAGAGCCCAAGCUGCCAUUUGUAUAAUUUUUUAUUUGUUAGAUUUCUUACCUACCCUUAACCAGAAGGCUCCAGGGCAGGUUACGUCAAUGAAAUGGGCAAUCUUGAAACAGAGAAAACGGUUGCAACUAUACAACAGGGAAAGUGUAAAAACAAGUAAAAACAGGCUCAAUAUAUAAAACAAUUAUAUUUUUUAAAAAAUUAAAAAAUUCAGUGUAUAAAAACAAUGCAAAUGUUGAAAAACAAUUCCACAUAUAAAAACAGUUUAAAAUACUGGAAUUGGUGUCACACUGUCUAAUGCAGGGGUUGGCAACCUAAGGCCCAUGGGCCACAAACGGCCCACGGGAGUCAUUUAACUGGCCCACAAGCCACCCCCGAACCAAGCCGCCCGCUCAGCAAGUCCUCGCGCACUGCACUAAACUGGCGCAGCACGGCUUGGGGACUUGCUUUCACGGUACCGGAAAUCACAUCUGCACAUGCCGGAAAUCGUGUCUGCGCAGACGCCAGAAAUCACGCUCAUGCAUGCUCAUGUGCAUGUGCGAUCUGGCCCACGGAAGGAUCUCCACUGGAGUAAACCGGCCCAGGUGAGGUAAACCUUGCCAACCCCUGAUCUAAUGGAAUCCACAAAUGCUGAUCUAUAUUUCACUGUUUUGUGUAGCAUGGCUUGAACACCCAGGUCUCUCUCUUACCUAUCAGUGGUAAAAGGUAAAGGUAAAGGGACCCCUGACCAUUAGGUCUAGCCGUGACCGACUCUGGGGUUGCGGCGCUCAUCUCGCUUUACUGGCCGAGGGAGCCGGCGUACAGCUUCCGGGUCAUGUGGCCAGCAUGACUAAGCCGCUUCUGGCGAACCAGAGCAGCGCACAGAAACGCCGUUUACCUUCCCGCCGGAGUGGUACCUAUUUAUCUACUUGCACUUUGACGUGCUUUCGAACUGCUAGGUUGGCAGGAGCUGGGACCAAGCAACGGGAGCUCACCCCCUCACGGGGAUUCGAACCGCCGACCUUCUGAUCGGCAAGUCCUAGGUUCUGUGGUUUAACCCACAGCACCACCCGCAUCCCAAUUCAAGAGAUAGCCAUGAAUAAAAAGGCAUGGCCAACCGGUACCAGAUGCAGGGAAACACUUGCAGCCAUGUCUGUAAAACAUGUUUCCCAGUUGUCGGUGUUUAUACUACAUUUUUUAAGAUUUGCCUUGAGAGAGUCUUUAGACCUCUUUUGUUGACCACCAGCAUUACGCUUUCCAUUUUUAAGUUCUUAAUAGAGUAGUUGCUUUGGAAGAUGAUCAUCAGGCAUCCUCACAACAUGACCAGUCCAGCGAAGUUGAUGUUGAAGAAUCAUUGCUUCGACACUGGUGAUCUUUGCUUCUUCCAGUAUGCUGGCAUUAGUUUGCCUGUCUUCUCAAGUGAUGUGUAAGAUUUUUCAGAAACACCAUUGAUGGAAUCUUUUGAGGAGUUGGAAAUGGUGUUUAUAAGUGGAUUGUGAUAUGCUGAGCUUUCCUUCAUCUUCCUCCAGGUCCUGCUUGGCCCCCACUGAAACUGGGCAUGUCCAUCUGUGCCUUCAAAGCGGAUGGCGGGCCCUGCAAAGCAUUGCAUGUCCGGUAUCACUUUGACAUCCAAACCCGCCAGUGUGAAAUCUUUAACUAUGGCGGAUGCGAAGGCAAUGAAAACAACUUUCUGACUCUAGAGGAGUGCCAGCUAAAGUGCGUAGUACCAGGUCAGUACAUGUCUUCCUCCAUUUCUCUCUUUCUUUAGGUUAAAUGCAGCACAUUUUCCUCCCAUCGGAUCCUUAUAGGAAAUCAUAGAAUCAUAGAGUUGGAAGAGACCACAAGGGCCAUCGAGUCCAACCCCCUGCCAAGCAGGAAACACCAUCAGAGCACUCCUGACAUAUGGUUGUCAAGCCUCUGCUUAAAGACCUCCAAAGAAGGAGACUCCACCACACUCCUUGGCAGCAAAUUCCACUGUCGAACAGCUCUUACUGUCAGGAAGUUCUUCCUAAUGUUUAGGUGGAAUCUUCUUUCUUGUAGUUUGGAUCCAUUGCUCCGUGUCCACUUCUCUGGAGCAGCAGAAAACAACCUUUCUCCCUCCUCUAUGUGACAUCCUUUUAUAUAUUUGAACAUGGCUAUCAUAUCACCCCUUAACCUCCUCUUCUCCAGGCUAAACAUGCCCAGCUCCCUUAGCCGUUCCUCAUAAGGCAUCGUUUCCAGGCCUUUGACCAUUUUGGUUGCCCUCCUCUGGACACGUUCCAGUUUGUCAGUGUCCUUCUUGAACUGUGGUGCCCAGAACUGGACACAGUACUCCAGGUGAGGUCUGAAUACAGUGGCACUAUUACUUCCCUUGAUCUAGAUGCUAUACUCCUAUUGAUGCAGCCCAGAAUUGCAUUGGCUUUUUUAGCUGCCGUGUCACACUGUUGGCUCAUGUCAAGUUUGUGGUCAACCAAGACUCCUAGAUCCUUUUCACAUGUACUGCUCUCAAGCCAGGUGUCACCCAUCUUGUAUUUGUGCCUCUCAUUUUUUUUGCCCAAGUGCAAUACUUUACAUUUCUACCUGUUAAAAUUCAUCUUGUUUGUUUUGGCCCAGUUCUCUAAUCUGUCAAGGUCAUUUUGAAGUGUGAUCCUGUCCUCUGGGGUGUUAGCCACCCCUCCCAGUUUGGUGUCAUCUGCAAAUUUGAUCAGGAUGCCCUUGAGUCCAUCAUCCAAGUCGUUGAUAAAGAUGUUGAAUAAGACCAGGCCCAAGACAGAACCCUGUGGCACAUAAAGUGAAUGUUGUUUCACUUUAUGAAUUGGUACCUGGGUUUGCUUUUCUCCCUCUUCUCUCCCCUCUUUCUUUCCCCCCUAUAUUUUAAGACAGUCUUUUUUAAACUGAUUGCAUGUUAGCGCUUCCAGGAGCCUUUUUGCUGAAGUGCAACUGCUUUAUACAGUGGUACCUCGGGUUACAUACGCUUCAGGUUACAUACGCUUCAGGUUACAGACUGCUCUAACCCAGAAAUAGUGCUUCAGAUUAAGAACUUUGCUUCAGGAUGAGAACAUAAAUUGUGCUCCAGCAGCAGCGGGAGGCCCCAUUAGCUAAAGUGGUGCUUCAGGUUAAGAACAGUUUCAGGUUAAGUACGGACCUCCGGAACGAAUUAAGUACUUAACCCGAGGUACCACUGUAUAAGUAAACAAAUAACUGAUACAUCACUUCAUGUCUAGUAUUGGAGGCAGCCAAUGGGAGCAGCAGGUUUUCAAAUGGCAGGACUGACUGCCAUGUUGUUUGCAUCAGAGGGCAUCAGAGGAGGGAGGGAAGGAAAGAGGGACAGAGGUCAGUGUUGCUCACGGCAUCCCUGACCAUCAUUCAAAGCAUGCUAGUGUGCCAUGGCACAUUGGUUGAAAACCAUUGGUCUAGACUCCAGAGGGUGACAACUGGAUGUCAGCUUCCUAAUUAGAACUCAACAGGGAAGCAGAAUUAGUGCCUCUGCCUCUUGCUGUCUCUGGCAUAGCUUGCCAUGUCCUCUGUCGCCACCUACUGUGGGUCUCCCUGCCUUUCACCCUACCAGUUCUAACGAGCAGCAGACUUCACUGCCUACAGCUGACUCUUACAUGUGUAGUUUUUAAACUUAAUACUUUAUCAAAGGCUUAUCACUUGAUGACUGAAAAAGUGAACUGCUCCCACUGAAAUUGGUUCCCUUGGAAGUGACAACAGAUUACCCUGAAGCCCUUACUCUGGUGUGGAAUGGGACCAUUUCACAAGUGCCGGUCAUCACUGUGACAAGCAUGUGGCGCGUGAACCAAACCCAGACAUUGCAGUGCUCACACAAGUGAAUCAUUUCAAAGGCAAAACAUCAGCUGUGUUUGGAGCAUCCUCUUAGCAAAAGAGGAAACGAGCAAAGCGAAUGUGGUUAUUAUCAGGCCAACGGAAAGCUAAGAGCCCAAUUCAGGCAUUUGGCUCAAUUCUUGGAUAUAAAGAAAAACGUGGGAAAGCCCAUUAAAACAUAUAGCAUUAUAGCACACUGCUUCUUAAACUGAUGGGGAGGACUGACAACUUGCCCCCUAAUGUGCCAGGAAUGGGUACCAUAUUUGGUUCGUGAAGCAUCCCACCCACUUUGACUAGCGCCAUUAUAGCAGGUUGCCCUUUUUUUUUUUUAUAAUGAUAUUUAUUAAAGUUUCAAAAAAUACAUGAAAAUACAAAAUAAAGAAAAAAGUAUAAAGUUUUAAGAUAUAACAAAAAAGUAGAAAAUAAGGAAAAACAUACAAAAUAAAACAGUUAAAAACACAAUAAUUUUCCAUAACCUAUCUUCCUUGCUCUUAUUUCCCCGGACCUCCUCGUACCUCCCUUUUUUGUAUUCCAGUUCAGUUUGUUAGUUCAGCAAAUCCUUACCAUUAAGCUUUUACCCAAUUGUAAACCUUUUUUCAUAUCUCUUAAAGCAUUACAGCUAUAGCAGGUUGCCCUUUUUGCCUUCCAUGUGAUCAUGAAAGCUGCAACAAAGCAAAUACAGUGGUACCUCGGGUUACAUACACUUCAGGUUACAUACGCUUCAGGUUACACACUCUGCUAACCCAGAAGUAGUGCUUCAGGUUAAGAACUUUGCUUCAGGAUAAGAACAGAAAUCGGGCUCCGGCGGCGCGGCGGCAGCAGGAGGCCCCAUUAGCUAAAGUGGUGCUUCAGGUUAAGAACAGUUUCAGGUUAAGAACGGACCUCCGGAACGAGGUACUUAACCCGAGGUACCACUGUACACACAUAAAUACAAACACACACAGUACUGGCAACACUUGUAGGCAAGCAAAUUCAAAUUGUAGAUUAGCUUUUGACAAUCAGCCAGGAAUUCAUUGUGUAUGGGUUAGGCUCAUGUGAUGGAACACUCCAGCUGGUCUCUGGAUUCAGGUUUCAGCUGAAAUAUCAAAUCCCGUUACUGCUCUCAUUCACUCCUCUUCUUGCAUUAAUCCCAACAUGCCUAGUUGUCCACAGCUGUUGGUACUUCACGUGAGCCUUACUCCUGAUCAAAUGUCACCUCUGAAAAAAUUAAGAUGACAUGGCUGCACAUAAGACAAUAUUCAUGCUGGGGCAGAUUUGAUCGAAUCUACUGUUAAAUUAGUUAGAUUGUUGUUGCAAUCCUAUGCCUAAAAAAAGGUAAAGGUAAAGGACCCUUGGGUGGUUAAGUCCAGUCAAAGGCAACUGCGGGGUUGCAGCACUCAUCUUGCUUCAAGACGAGGGAGCCGGCAUUUGUCCACAGACAGCUUUCCAUAUCAUGUGGCCAGCAUGACUAAACCGCUUCUGGUGCAACUGGACACUGUGAUGAAAACCAGAGCGCACGAAAAUGCCAUUUACUUUCCCACCACAGAGGUACCUAUUUAUGUACUUGCAUUGGUGUGCUUUCAAACUGCUAGGUUGGCAGGAGCUGGGACAGAGAAUGGGAUCAUGUGCAGCAUUUCUAAAAUAAAAUAUGGAAUUUUGGUUAGAUAAACACUCUGGAACAAUGAGAAAUGAUUCAGUGCUAUGGGGUAUAUCAUUAUGGGCAAAAAUAUAUACUUUUCUUUAGUAAAUGCUAUUUUUUCCCCAGGUCUACACUAAAAACAUUUUCUUUCGAUUUCAGAUGUGCCUGAGAAGAAAAAGAGAUCAAAAUCUCAGAGAGGUAACUGUAAGAAAUGUGUUCUAUGUGUGUUACCUGUGUUUUGUUUCUUUUUGGUUACAGCUGAUUUUAAUCAUCUUUUUGAUACUUUAAAAUACAUCUUAGCUGGUUUUUCAAUCAAUGUUUUAGUUUUCUGAUCCUCAGCAGCAGAAAAUACAUUGCAUUCUUGCUUUGCCCCUAUUUGUCUUCCACGCUUUGCCAAAAUGCUUAAAUUGAGUUAGAUUGUGCCCACUUUUGGUAAACUGCAGUAAGUCCUUCAUUAAUGGCCAUAUUGGAUUCUCUGACAUUUUCUCCCCUCAAACAAUCUCCAUUCGCAGGAAAGCCUCCUUACUGCCUUCUGGAGAAUGACCCCGGUAUCUGUCGAGGAUUAAUUACCCGGUAUUUCUUCAACAAGGAAUCGAUGAAGUGUGAGAAGUUCCAGUAUGGUGGUUGCCUAGGAAACCAAAACAACUUUCAUACUUUGAAAGAAUGCCAAGAUACCUGUGAGGACAACCGUAAGUGGCCUUUUCUUCUGGUACUGUAUCUUAUUAUGUCCCUUGGUGCCCAUAGUAGACGGUGUGAUGGUUAUACCAUGUCAAGAAGGUCCAAUCUCUACCUGAAACCGUGAUGUCUGCCAUGUCUCUUUUCCCUUGAAGAUGGAUUUUGUUGUACUUACAUCACACAUUGUCCAUCAGUUAUCCUUUUCCUAAAGACUUCCCAGUCCAUCUCUCUGUGGCAUUCUAUGCAAACACUGAUCGGUUGCAUAUCCUGAUUGUCAGGGAACUGCCAUUGGCUCAGGGGCGAGAGGGGGAAAGCCAAAUGGAUUACAGAAAGCCCCCAAAGAUUGUGGGAAGCAGCACUUCCUCAGCGGAGCAGAGUAACCACGCCUCUAGCGGAGAGGAGCUUCAGGGCUCAGGGGAGGCGAGGCGGUGCCAGGACACCUUGCCUGGGCAAAGCGGGGAGGGGAGAGGUCCUCCGUUACCCACGCCCUCCUUGCUCAGUAGGCUUCCGCGCAGAGAGGGGAAGUGCAGACUGGGCAUCAAGAAACUACUCUGCUGGGGAAGGUUUAAGGACCGCCCACUCACGGAUUCUGCCAGUGAAUGAGCAAGACACGGAAUAGAGGCGCUCUGCUUUUCCAAAGGUUUUUAUCACCGAUAAGAAAGCUUUAAAAUAGACUAUUGCAGCUUAUUGCCUGAUUGCUCUCGAGCAACCAACCUAUACCUCUAACACUGAUCUUCCACCCAAUUUUGUCUCAAGUCUUUCCAUAUUUGAUAUUAUCUGCUGCUCAUAGGUUUAUUCUAACUUGGAGAUUUGAUAGAAUAUUAUACCUUCUAAAAUAUUCUCCCAAGCACUUCCACACUUCUUUUAGCCUCAUCUUUAUUAUUUCUUAUUUUCACGGUCAUAGGUGCUGGUUCCGUGUAUUCUAUCAAUUUAUUCUGCCACAUUUCUUUUGUAGGUACCUCUUUUCCUUUCCAUUUUUGGGGCCGUUUCUUUUAUGCCAACAGGCCUUUGCAAUUGUUUAAAAUAUCUCUCUGAGUAGCCUGUGGCUUUAAUGAUCACUCUGUAUUGCUUUUAAACUUUUGUAUGUCACUGAGGUUGUGCAAGAGGGUGGCAUACAAAUACAGUCGUACCUUGGAAGUCAAACGGAAUCCGUUCCGGAAGUCUGUUCGACUUCCAGAACGUUCAGAAACCGAAGCGCGGCUUCUGAUUGGCUGCAGGAAGUCCCUGCAGCCAAUCAGAAGCUGUGGAGGACAUUUGGCUUCUGAAAAUCAUUUGAAAACCGGAACACUCACUUCCGGGUUUCGAUCGUUAGGGGGCCGAUUUGUUCAGAAGCCAAGGCGUUUGAGAUCCAAGGUACGACUGUACUUUAUAAGUAAAUAAAUAAAUAGGAUAGCACUGCAUGUUCCCAUUCAAAUCAGUGGGACUUAAGUCACAACUAACUUGGCCAAUGGAUUUUAAUAGUACCUAAGCUCAACAAUAGUGAUGUAUGGAAGUGAGAGCUGGACCAUAAAGAAGGCUGAUGGCCGAAGAAUUGACGCGUUUGAAUUAUGGUGCUGGAGGAGACUCUUGAGAGUCCCAUGGGCUGUAAGAAGAUCAAACCGAUCCAUUCUGAAAGAAAUCAGCCCUGAGUGCUCACUGGAAGGACAGAUCCUGAAGUGGAGGCUCCAAUACUUUGGCCACCUCAUGAGAAGAGAAGACUCCCUGGGAAAGACCCUGAUGUUGGGAAAGAUGGAGGGCACAAGGAGAAGGGGACGACAGAGGACAAGAUGGCUGGACAGUGUUCUCGAAGCUACCAGCAUGAGUUUGACCAAACUGCGGGAGGCAGUGGAAGACAGGAGUGCCUGGCGUGCUCUGGUCCAUGGGGUCACGAAGAGUUGGACACGACUAAACGACUAAACAACAACAGCAACAAGCUCAACAAAUUGGGGCUACAAUCCUUCCCCUGUUUACUUAGGAGUAAGCUCUUUCAACUCUGUGGCACUACCUUCCAAAUAAACAUGGUUAGAAUUGCACUGUUACUCUGGAUACAGCCCAUUGUUUCCUCUUAGUCUCAGGGCAAGUCGAAGAGGAAGGGGAAGUGAUUUAAUCCUCAGUGAAGAAGUUGGGGGAAGAACUAUAAGGUAUCAGAAUUCUGCACUGCUGAAUUUCAAACGGGAAUAAACCUUUUGUAAAAUGUAACUGAAACAUAAAUCAGCCUAAAAGAGCAACUUGUGCUAAAAUAAAAUAGUGAGAAGAUGGUUUCGGGUAAUGCACUCUUAUUAUAUGAGUUAUAUGUCAAUCAUUGUUUUCUCUACUAAUUAUGCACACUUCUUAAAAGCUUCUUUUAUCAUUGUUUCAUCCCUUUUAGUUCAUUCUGCCAAUUCAUUGCAAAUAACCGACAUGCUGGUUAGCACAACGAAUAAUACUACUCCAGUUGUAAAACAAGGUAUGUAUUCAAAAUUUAGCACUAAGUAUGAAUUAUAGGGUUCUCUCAUCAGCGUGAGAUGAGAUUCAAAGAGGUACCAGUGCAUUAAGAAUUCUCCAUUGUUGUAUUUGUCAGUUAUGAGCAUGGAAAUGGGAAUAAACUACCCCUUUUGUCAAGUGUAAGUAAAUGAACCUAAAAUAGCAACUCAUUUCCAUGAUACCUUUCUCUCCCGUAUGGCACUGAUAUGCAAAUAUGUUUUGAUAAAACAUACCAAAAAAACUCAGGCUUGAUGCGAAUAUAUAUGGUUGCAUCAAGAUUCUUUUUGGUGGAAGAUGGUCAUUGUGCAGGAGUACAUGCACAUUUUUUUAAAAAAAAUUUUUCAGUUUUUAAAAAUAUAUUUUAACAACAAUACAAAUCCAAUGUUACAAUAAACAUGAAUAGUUUGACUUCCUCCUGCUCCUUUUGAGGUUUCUUAUAUUAUUUUAGUUUCUGACACUGCAUUGUCUUCAUUAUUCAAAUUAUUAGUUAAUCCUUGAUUUCUCCUUGAAUUUCGUUUUAACUGUUUGGUUUAAGUUAACCCUGCUAAUCACCUUCUAUGUGUACAAUAACCUUUCAAAUAAUCCACACAUUUCCCCCAGUCUCUGAUAAAGUAUUUCUCCUCUUGGUUCCUUAUAGCUCCCAUAAACUUUGCCAUUUCAUCAUAAUUCAAUAAUUUAAUCUGCCACUCCUCCUUCGUUGAUACAUAAUCUUCUUUCCAUCUCUGAGCGUUAAGCAUCCUGGUCUCUGUUGCAGCAUAAAGGUAAAGGGACCCCUGACCAUUAGGUCCAGUCGUGACUGACUCUGGGGUUGCGGCGCUCAUCUCGCUUUAUUGGCUGAGGGAGCCGGCAUACGGCUUCCGGAUCAUGUGGCCAGCAUGACUAAGCCGCUUCUGGCGAACCAGAGCAGCACAUGGAAAUGCCAUUUACCUUCCUGCCGGAGUGGUACCUAUUUAUCUACUUGCACUUUGACGUGCUUUCGAACUGCUAGGUUGGCAGGAGCUGGGACCGAGCAACGGAAGCUCACCCCGUCGCGGGGAUUCGAACCACCGACCUUCUGAUCGGCAAGUCCUAGGCUCUGUGGUUUAACCCACAGCACCACCCACGUCCCCUGUUGUAGCAUACAUAAACUUGAUUGAUUGAUUGAUUGAUUGAUUGAUUGAUUGUUUUUAGGCAAUUACCCCAAAAGAAAAUCUUCUGUUGUUGUUUUUUUAAAUAAAAAUUAUUUUGAACAGUUCCUUUGAUUCAUUAUACGUGCAUAUUCGUAAGGCAUUGUACAAGGGGACAAGAAGAAACUUGAGGGGUUUAUACAUAUAAGCUGUGGGGCAGCUCAGUUGGUAGAGCAUGAGACUCUUAAUCUCAGGCUUGUGGGUUUGAGUCCCAUUUUCAGCACAAAAAAUAAUCCUUCAUUUCAGGGGGUUGGACUAGAUGACCCCUGGGUCAUCUACCGUUCCAACUCUACCGUUCUAUGAUUCUGUGAUUCUACAGGCAGCUCCUCACUAGUCACAAUGGCAAGGCACUCAGAGUCAGACGUCAGCCCGCAGUUAAAAGAUGGAAUUUGCUACCACAAGGUGCAAUGGCCACUAACUUGGAUAAUUAGAGAAUCAGAGAAUUAGACAAUAGAGGACAAGACUAUCAGUGGCUAUUUUUAAAAAAUAAUUUUUUAUUAGAUUUUACAAUUUAAUAUUCAACACAUUUAUCAUAUAAAAGAGACAAAAUGAAAGAAAACAAAACUCCCCCGACCCCGUGACUUCCCUCAGCUUCCCCUUCUGGUUCUUUAAGUAAAUGCUGCUUAAGGGACAUGGGUGGCGCCAUGGUCUAAACCACUGAGCCUGGGACUUGCCGAUCAGAAGGUCGGUGGUUCGAAUCCCCGCGACGGGGUGAGCUCCCGUUGCUCAGCCCCAGCUCCUGCCAACCUAGCAGUUCAAAAGCACGUCAAAGUGCAAGUAGAUAAAUAGGUACCACUCUAGCGGGGAAGUAAAUGGCGUUUUCGUGAGCUGCUCUGGUUGUACCAGAAGUGGCUUAGUCAUGCUGGCCACAUGACCCGGAAGCUGCCUUCGGACAAACGCCAGCUCCGUCGGCCAGUAAAGCGAGAUGAGCGCCGCAACCCCAGAGUCAUCCGCGACUGGACCUAACGGUCAGGGGUACUUUUACCUUUACUUCUGCUUAAUUUGUUUCUUACUUUUCACGAUCUUUUUCCUAAAUGCUCUUAUAUUCUUAUCAUUUUUAUACCACAUUUUCUUUCAGGUUUAAAUCUCACACUUGAUUAAUUUCCAUAUUGUUAUUUCCUAACCUUUACUCUUGUUUUCUUAGCGGUAAGCGUUUACUCAGCCCUGCUAGUGAGUCCAAAUUAUUUGCAUCGUUUCUAUAUAUACAACAUAAACGGUUCCCAGUCUUUUUAAAAGUCUCUACUGUCAUUGUCUCUAAGUCUCCCUGUAAGUUUCGCCAUUUCUGUGUAUUCUAGAAGUUUAACUUGCCAUUCUUCUUUCGUUGGUAUCUUGUCGUCCUUCCAUUUUGGGGCUAGUAAAAUCCUAGACGCUGUCGUAGCAUACAUGAAUAACUUCUUCCACACCUUUGGCAGUUCUUGCGCUAUAAUACCUAACAAGAAAGCUUCUGGCUUUUUAACAGAAAGACUAUCAGUGGCUAUUAGACCUGGUAGCUAUAUGAUACCUCCAGUGUCAGUGGACAGAUACACAGUAUGCAUUCAAAGCAUAUCCAAAGAUAUUUCCUCUCCACCCCCACAAACAAAAGAAAUUCUGGGAACUUCACAGGGCUGCAGUUCUCAGCCUCCUUAACAAAGUACGGCUCCCAUAAUUCUUUGGGAGAAGUCAGGUGCUCUAAAUGCCUGUUGGAUGUGCUUUAAAUGUUUAUUAAUUUAAAUGUUUCGAUGUUGGACUACUGCAAUGCGUUCUACGUGGGGCUACCUUUGAAGGUGAUACACAACUAAUCCAGAAAGCGGCAGCUAAACUGGUGACUGGGAGUGGCCACCAGGACCAUAUAACACCAGUCCUGAAAGACCUACAUUGGCUCCCAGUACGUUUCCGGGCACAAUUCAAAGUGUUGGUGCUGACCUUUAAAGCCCUAAAUGGCUUUGGUCCAGUAUACCUGAAGGAGCGUCUCCACCCCCAUCGUUCAGCCUGGACACUGAGGUCCAGCGCCGAGGGCCUUCUGGCGGUUCCCUCACUGCGAGAAGUGAGGUUACAGGGAACCAGGCAGAGGUAGUGGUGCCCACCCUGUGGAACACCGUCCCAUCAGGUGUCAAGGAAAUAAACAACUAUCUGAAUUUUAGAAGACAUCUGAAAGCAGCCCUGUUUAGGGAAGUUUUUAAUGGUUGGUUUUUUUUAUUGUGCUUAUAAUAUUCUGUUGGCGGCCGCUCAGAGUGACUGGGGAAACCCAGCCAGAUGGACAGGGUAUAAAUAAAUUAUGGUUUUGUUUUGUUUUGUUUUUAUUAGACUUAUUAGUCACUUUUCACCCAAAGGUCUCCAAGUGACUUACAGCAAAAGCAACAAUAUAAAGGAAAGAUAUGCAAUACAUAUUACCUUGGGGGGGGGGAGUGGGGAGAAUAAUAUAAUACACUAAUACAUUAAUAUUCCGUAUAAGGGUUUGUUAUUCUGACUGGUGUGUAAUUGGAAUUUAUAAGUUAUUGGAAUGCAGAGUUAAAGUAAAUUAUCAAAUCAUCAAUUCUAGCCUGUGGGUGGCCAACAAAAUAAUAUAAUUUGGCAUCUGAACAAUUGGCAUUAUUAAUUGUAUUAUAAUUGGUGUCUUAUAAAGUUUGGUGUAGACAAUGAGGCUUUUAUUGGGCUAUUGUAACUGAAAACUAAUAAAAAUUAUUACAUACACGCACACAAAAACAUUUCGUAUAACGUAACACCCAUUUUAAAAAUGGGUGCCUCUGAGGGCCACAUGUACAGCAAUGGGUGUGUGCUCAGGGGCCACCCCACAAACACACACUCUCUCUCUCACUUAACAGAUGCCCAUAUACUCAUUCAAAACACACAUAAUAGUUUUGCAAUCCUCCAGCUACAGUGGUACCUCGGGUUAAGAACUUAAUUCGUACUGGAGGUCUGUUCUUAACUUGAAACUGUUCUUAACCUGAAGCACCACUUUAGCUAAUGGGGCCUCCUGCUGCCGCUGCACGAUUUCUGUUCUCAUCCUGAAGCAAAGUUCUUGACCCGAUGUACUAUUUCUGGGUUAGCGGAGUCUGUAACCUGAAGCGUAUGUAACCUGAGGUACCACUGUACUUAUCUGGGAGUAACCCCUGUAAAUUCAGUAAGACUUAAUUUGGAGUAGACAUAUACAGUGGUACCUCGGGUAUAAAGGAAACAGCCCUGAAGUUCUGGCCACAUGUACGACUAUCACCCUGUUGGACAGAAGCCCUGGGUGUGCUGAAGGUGCCACGAGCUCCUGGUUCUCUGGGAACAAGUUACAGUGGUACCUCGGGUUACAUACGCUUCAGGUUACAUACGCUUCAGGUUACAGACUCCGCUAACCCAGAAAUAGUGCUUCAGGUUAAGAACUUUUCUUCAGGAUGAGAACAGAAUCGUGCUCCGAUGGCGCGGCAGCAGCAGGAGGCCCCAUUAGCUAAAGUGGUGCUUGAGGUUAAGAACAGUUUCAGGUUAAGUAUGGACCUCCGGAACGAAUUAAGUACUUAACCCGAGGUACCACUGUAUAAGUCUAUUUUUCUGCCUCCAGGAAUCGCAAGCAAGGAGAGUUCUCUUGCACUCAGGUCCUGCUUGCUGCAGCGGUAGGAGAGAGGGACCGGUGACAAAGGUCUGCAGAAAGCCUCUCAGUUAAGUUGUGGGUUGACAUAGCAGACGACACAGCGAUUUCUCCAAAGCAGCUCUUUAUUUUGUAAGCUGGAACAGAACUAAACUGAGGAGCUCAGUCAGCCUGCUUAUAUAGAGCUACAGAACAAUUGUAACUGUUGCAACGUUCUAAAACUAUCCAAUCACUGAACGUCACUUUUCGAUCCUUCAUUUGCAUACAAAACUAUCCAAUCACUGAACGUCACUUUUCGAUCCUUCAUUUGCAUAACUAUCUACAGUAUCCCCCUGCUGGCCCAGGGUGAGAACUUCAGUACAUAACACCCCUCCCCACCGAGAUAAGGCGUUAGUUACAAUUGUAAUGGUUUCCUUAUAUACAGCACUACACGUAAUGGUUCAAUUAGGCACAAAAGCAUAUCGGUUACAUUUCCCAUACUUAGACCAACAGUGAUACAUGUCCAACAACAUAGUCCUUUAAAUAAGUUGGGCGCUUGGAAACUCUGCCAGACCGCCGGGGACUGGUAGCCAAGUCCGGGGGGCCACACAAUUCUUGCUGAGGCUGUGGUGCGACCCUAGGUGGCGUUGAAACCAAAUCCCCUGGAUCCGCUGCUGUGGGUGGAGCCUCCGCAAGUGGAGUGGUCUGAGCCUGUGGUAAGUCUGGCAGACCCUCUGAAGCGGCUUGGUUCGGCUCCACGCUGGCAGUUUGCGAGGGAAGUGUAGGUGGAGCCUCACCAUCUGUAAGUGUCUCUUCUGGAGUCACGAGCGCAGUUGGGGGCACCACGGUAGUGUCCAAGUCCCCAACCCUGCGCCUAAGCUGGUCUAUGUGCCGGCGCCACAAGCGUCCGUCUUCGAGUGCCACCUGGUACGAGCGAGGUCCAGUGACUCCCACUACUGUGGCUGGCACCCAAGGAAUGUCCCCCACAUAGUUCCGGGCAAAGACCUGGUUUCCUGGAACAAAUGACCGUGGCGCGUUGGCACAGCCUGGGGGUUCGGCCACGGCAAAGUCCGGGUGCAGCCGGUCGAGCGGUGACCUGAGGCGGCGGCCCAUAAGCAGUUCAGCAGGACUCCGCCCUGUGGCCGCAUGAGGGGUGAUGUGUUGCACGAACAAGUAUUCGGCGACCCGCUCGUGCCAGUCUCCCCGGUCCAGGCGCGCCAGUGCCUCUUUUGUCAAGUGCACCAUUCUCUCCACUUGCCUGUUGCUGGAUGGAUGAAAUGGUGCCGUUAGUGAAUGGCGGAUGCCCAGUCCCAAAAGAUACCGCUCAAAAGUGCCUGAUGUGAAUUGCGGUCCGUUAUCGGAGACAAGAACAUCAGGACACCCAUGCGUCACAAAGAGGCCUCGCAGCACCCGGAUGACGGCCUCGGUAGUGGUGGAGGGCAUGAGGGCAACCUCCAGCCAUUUGGAAUAGGCGUCCACCACUACCAUAAAGGUCCGGCCGUCAAAGGGGCCGGCCAGAUCGAUGUGCACCCUCGACCAGGGUGUCUUUGGCAUCUCCCAGGUGUGUCCCUUAGCUGCCGGUGGUGCAGGCCUCGAUUCUUGGCACGCUUGACAGGCGGACACCCAGGCAGUGAUGGCAUCGUCCAUGUUAGGCCACCAGACGUAACACCGAGCCAACGCCUUCAUUUUGACAAUUCCCAGGUGGCCAACGUGCAGAGCCUCCAAGACGUGUUGACGGAGUCUUUGGGGAAUCACGACGCGGUCUCCCCACAGCAGACAGCCGCGAUGAGCCGAGAGUUCAUGUUGUCUGGUUGCGAAGGGCUGGAACUCCAAUGCAAAAGGCCCUUGUGGCCACCCCCUCCACACCCAGUUGAGCGCACGGCUGAUGGUGCGAUCCUGGGCAGAUGCGGAGGCCACAGUGGAGGCCGAUACAGGCGCUGCCGGAAGAUCCUCAAUCAGGAGGAGUGAUGAAGCUGGAGCCGGGUCUUCCACAAACGCUGGAAGAGGGCAACGGCUGAGGGCGUCGGCAUGGCCCAUCAAUUUCCCUGGGCGAUGGACAAGCCGGUAGUGGUAGGCAGCCAGGAAAACUGUCCAUCGCAGCAUGCGUGGCAAGAGGACCAGUGGAGUUGGACGAUCACCGGUGAGGAGGCCCAGGAGCGGCUUGUGGUCAGUGAUGAGGUCAAAAGUCCUGCCAUAGAGGUAUUCAUGGAACCUCUUCACUCCAGCCACAAGUGCCAGUGCCUCCUUGUCAAGCUGGCUGUAAAUCCGUUCCGUCGGAGAUAGCGUCCUGGAAAAGUAGGCGAGCGGUGCUUCUCUUCCGUCUGGAAAAUGGUGACUAAGGACAGCGCCGAUGCCAAAAGGUGAGGCGUCACAGGCAAGGACCAGUGGCCUGGAUUCACUGUACUGUACCAGCACACUGUCCGAUGAAAGGAGAGCCUUGACCGCGUUGAAGGCUGCCGUCUCCCGAUGACCCCAGGACCAAGGUGUCUUUGUGCUGAGGAGUCGGUGAAGAGGCUCAGCCACCGUGGCUUUGUGGGGCAGGAACAUGUUAUAAAAGUUCAGCAGCCCCAGGAACGCCUGCAACUCCGUCUUGUUCUUUGGGAUGGGGGCCUGCUGGAUAGCGCGGAUCUUGGAUGUGGUCGGGUGAAGGCCGGAGGCGUCGAUAAGAUAGCCCAGGAACUCUACCUGUGGAACAGCAAUCUGGCACUUCUCCCUCUUUACCUUGAGCCCGGCCUCUUGGAAUCUGGUCAGCACGGCACGGAGGCGCUCGAAUAGCUGCUGGUGUGAGUCUGCAGACACCAAGACGUCAUCAAAAUAUGGUACCACGCCCGGAAGCCCUUGCAGGAGACGCUCCAUAAGGCUUUGGAAGAUGCCAGGAGCCACACUCACACCGAACUGCAAGCGGCGGCAACGGAAUGCCCCUCGGUGGGUGACGAUCGUCUGGGCUUCAGCAGUGGCAUCAUCAAUGGGCAGUUGUUGAUAGGCUUGGGCAAGGUCCAGCUUAGCGAAGACCUUACCCUCACCCAGGGAAUGCAGCAGGUGUUGGACAACAGGAACCGGAUAAGCGUGCUGCUGAAGUCCCUUGCUGAUCGUGCACUUGUAGUCAGCGCAGAUUCUCACCGACCCAUCUGGCUUGACAGGCGUGACGAUGGGGGUUUCCCACUUGGCGUGGUCAACCGGCUCCAAAACUCCUUGGGCGAUCAGCUUGUCCAGUUGUUCGUCCACCUUAGCCCUGAGAGCAAAGGGAACCCGGCGUGGCUUUAGCUUGAUGGGGGCGACUUGUGGAUCAAGGCUAAAGGAGAUGGGCGUACCUGUAUAUUGCCCCAAAGUGCCGUCAAAAACCUCGGCAAAGUCUUUGACCAGACCCUCAGUCUCUGCGUUAGAGAUGCAGUUGAUGCCGGUGACUUCCAGGCCGAGGGCAUCAAACCAGUCUAGCCCUAGGAGGCUUGGCCGCUGACCUUCGACCACCACCAGCCGCAGCAGGCCCGAAAAAUCCUUUAAGGCGAUUCGGAACCGGCCAACGCCUACCACGGGAAUGUCGUUUCCCUGGUAGUCUCUCAGGUGUACGCGGUGAGAGUCGAGUUGCCUUUUGGACACUCUGGGUACCAGUCUUUUGAUGGUGCUCCAAGACACGAUGGACAGGGCAGACCCGGUGUCGAUCUCCAUGACACAUGGAGCUCCUUCAAUGAGCACCGUGACGUUCAGCUUGCGUCGCGUAGGCGAGUCGGUUUGGCCAAUCGUGGUUCCAGACGGGCAGCGGCAGUUGGUGAGAGCGAAACAGCUUUCCUUGGCAGAUUGGAGUGAAGACUUGGACUUGCGAGUCAUUGAAGGGGGGGUGUCAGACGGAGCCAAUCGGCAGACCUUAGCGAUGUGGCCCCUUCUGGAACACUUCCGACAGAUGGAGUCUCUGAAUCGACACUUCGCACGGGAAUGGUUGCCUCCGCAGCCGGCACAUUCCGGUUGGCCCUUGUACUUCUGUUGGAACUUCCUGCGCUCCCACUUUGUCUGGUGCACGUCCUCGUCUUCACUGGAGGAUGCCUCAUCACUGCUGGCCUCUUCGUGAUACACUGGAACUGUCUUCCUAGCAAGAUGCGGGCUGCUGGACUUGCGGAUCUCCUGGGCGGAGCGUUCAGCAGCUUCCGAGGCCACAGCCUCCUCAAUGGCUUUCUGUAGCGUGAGGUCUGGCUUGGCAAGGAGACGCCGUUGCAAAUGGAUGUCCCGGACCCCACAAACGAUUCGAUCCAUCAGGGCAUCGUCUAAGUCUCGGAACUCGCAGUGCAUUGCAGCCUGUCUGAAGGCAGUGGUGUAGUUGUUGAUUGACUCCCCCUCUGCCUGGUUCCGGUGGUAAAACGCAUGGCGGGCAGCAAUCUUGGACGGCUUUGGCGCGUAGUGGUUACGGAGCUUCUCUUGGAUCGUGUCCCAUGGUGUUGCCUGGACUGCUUCAGGCACAACCAAUGCUCAGGCCGUCUCAAACACCUCAGGCCCACAGAGGCUGAGGAAUAGGCCCCGCUUCCGUUCCUCUGAUACUGCUGUCAGCUCAUUGGCUUGGAGGUAGCAGUCGAACCGAGCGAGGUAGGAGUCUCAUGAUUCAGAGGCUGGCGCAAACGGUGGUAGAGGCACAAGAGAAGCCAUGAUUCUGAUGCCGGUGUGAAGGGCGAUGGAUGGAACACAGUGCUCUAGCCAGAACAGUCAGCUCUGAAUUGGUUCUGUCCAGUGAUUUCGCUCAGUGAUUUCGCUCUGUGAUUCAGCUCAGUGAUUCAGCUCAGUUCAGAGGAUGGCCGCAUCUGGCUGUGCUCUGAUGUCCAUCGAUCCCACCUUGGUCGCCAGAGUUAAGUUGUGGGUUGACAUAGCAGACGACACAGCGAUUUCUCCAAAGCAGCUCUUUAUUUUGUAAGCUGGAACAGAACUAAACUGAGGAGCUCAGUCAGCCUGCUUAUAUAGAGCUACAGAACAAUUGUAACUGUUGCAACGUUCUAAAACUAUCCAAUCACUGAACGUCACUUUUCGAUCCUUCAUUUGCAUACAAAACUAUCCAAUCACUGAACGUAUCUACAGUAUCCCCCUGCUGGCCCAGGGUGAGAACUUCAGUACAUAACACUCUCCCCUUGCCAAGCCCCUCUUUGCCGCCAGGCAGGUAGGGAGCUUCGCCCCCACGCUGGCAUGGUGGCGAGGCUUGGCAAGGCCUCACAAAGCCUUGUCACCCCACUGGGUUUGGGGCAAGCUUUGGAAAGAGCUUCUCCUUAAGAAGUGCUUUCCGAAGCUCCCCCGCUUAGGGAGAAGCCCUCAUGGAGCCUCAUGACACCCCCCUCCACCUCAUUACCAGUGGCGCAGACACACCAAGUCUAUGGGGCUGAGGCCUCUACAACCCUCUGAUGUUCCCUGAAAGGGGGCUCAGGCCCCCCAAUCUUGAGGGGGCAGAGGAGGCCUGGUGGGAUGUUGCCCCAAUGCUGUGCGGCCCGACGGGAUGUUGACCUGGGCCAACCAGCAUGGCAUGGUGUCUGGUUGGCCUCUGCCAAUGCAAUAGUUGCCAUGCGCGCCCACAGCUCUGCAGUGUUGAGCACAACUUGGCUCCCAAGCAGUGGCAGCAGAGAGCAUUUUGAUUCGAGCACUGAAGCAUCUCAGACCACCCCUGAUCUUGAGUUUGGAUUGCUCCCUCAGUAUGUACCUUGGCUCAGUUCCUUUUUAUCUUAGACCUUUGCUAGUUUCUCUUCUAAAAGCCAUAUUUUAAGGAGCAAGUACUCCUCCAUGAGUCUUCGCUGUACUGGAGAUUGAGGCUUGUCGUUUUUUGUGAUCCACAGUGGUGCGGAAGGCAGAAAGCAACAGCUGGGGAAAGACGGAUCCCUUUCGCCAUGUUUUCCUGCUGGCGAUCUGCACUUGCGCUCACAUCUACUUCUGGGGACCAGCGUGUAAUGUGUGGAUAGUGGUUAGAAAACAAGGAAUGAACAUGCAAGCCACACAAUAAGAUGUCCUUGAAAUGUUUCGAGUAUGCACAUGAUUGGAAACUGCUGCAUUAGUUUAUUAAUUUCUUUGCAUCGUGGCUCCAUUUGCCAUAAACUCUGGAAACCACUCAAGCUGCAGUCAAACAUCCCAAUAAUGGAAGAAAGCCAUUUGUGUUGGAAAAAAUUGAGUAGCAUUAUGAUAGGGUUGCCAGAAAAGUUGUUGAGCUGCUGCCGACGGCAGUAUUCCGGAUGUAUGGCAACCCUAAAAGGUAAAGGGGACCCCUGACCAUUAGGUCCAGCCGUGACCGACUCUGGGGUUGCGGUGCUCAUCUCGCUUUACUGGCCGAGGGAGCCGGCAUACAGCUUCUGGGUCAUGUGGCCAGCAUGACUAAGCCGCUUCUGGCGAACCAGAGCAGCGCACGGAAACGCUGUUUACCUUCCCGCCGGAGCGGUACCUAUUUAUCUACUUGCACUUUGACGUGCUUUCGAACUGCUAGGUUGGCAGGAGCAGGGCCCGAGCAAUGGGAGCUCACCCCGUCUCGGGGAUUCGAACCGCCGACCUUCUGAUCGGCAAGUCCUAGGCUCUGUGGUUUAACACACAGCGCCACCCGCGUCCCCAUGGCAACCCUACAUUAUGACAAAUCAGUACUUUAUUCUUUUAUUUCCUUUUUUAAAUAGAAAAGGAGCAAUUUCUACCUCCGGUGUGUGUUUCAAUGCCUCAGCCUUAAUUGUCUGCUUUGCGAUAGACAUGUUUCGUUUCAUCCUGUCUUUUGAAGCACACAUUCAAGAGAUAGCCAUGAGUAAAAAGGCAUGGCCAACCAGUACCAGACGCAGGGAAACACUUGCAGCCAUGUCUGUAAAACAUGCACAUUCAUAUCCACAGUGAAAAACAGGUGGAAAUCUGCAUUUUAUUUUAUUUUUGCAAAACCCUGGUAAGGGAUUGUACAUAAUCAGAGUGCCCAGAUUUCAGGAAAGAAUCAUUCCACUCUGGUCUGAGUACUGCCUUUACAUCUUAAGACUUUUUCAUGAUGCAAUAAAAAGAAACAAACUAUUCUAAGACAAAAGAGUUUAGAAAAAAGAGAAGAAAAAGAGCUGGAAGAAUGCAAAGUCCUCUCUCAUGAGAUGUCCUAACUAUUACCCCAUGCGGACAAAGAUGCAAACUCUCAGCUCUCACCUGGAAGCGCCACUUUCUCUGCCCAGCCUCCAACCCGGGGAGAUCUCCUCUUCCCUGCCUCUCGCAAAGGUAUUCCGCCAACUAUCCAUCAUCUCCAUUGCAGGCAGCACACUGUAGGCAGAGAUGCAGGUGGCGCUGUGGUCUAAAACACUGAGCCUCUUGGGCCUGCCAAUCGGAAGGUCACGGGUCAAAUCCCCGCGACAGAGUGAGCUCCCAUUGCUCCUGCCAACCUAGCAGUUUGAAAGCAAACCAGUGCAAGUAGAUAAAUAGGUACCGCUGUGGCAGGAAGGUAAACAGCGUUUCUUUGCACUCUGGCAAUCGUCACGGUGUUGCGUUGUGCUAGAAGCGGUUUAGUCCUGCUGACCGCAUGACUCGGAAAGCUGUCUGUGGACAAACGCUGGCUCCCUCGGCCUGAAAAGCGAGAUGAGCGCCACAACCCCAUAGUCACCUUUGACUGGACUUAACCGUCCAGGGGUCCUUUACCUUUACUGCAGGCAGAGACAUACCAGAAUAGGAGGGCAACCAGGAUCAAUUGCAGCACAUGAGUCAGGGCACUACGCCACCCUCCUGGUUGCAGGGGUGCCAGGAUAGAGCAGGCAGAGUGGCACGGAGUUUGCAGGAAGCCCCGGAUUGCGGGUGGCAAGUGCAGAUCUGUGUGAACGUGCGCCUCCUACUGCCAGGACUGUGCUUUGCUAGCCAAUGGCCUGCCCCACCCCAGUAUUAUUUUUUUGUUGCGUUAUGAACAUGUGACAACAGAUGGUGCUAUAGGGCAGUCAGACGGGUGGGGUACAAAUAAAUUAUUAUUAUUAUUAUUAUUAUUAUUAUUAUUAUUAUUAUUAUUCUCAGUGCUUUUUUCUGGGGGGACACAGAGGGACACAUACCCUUAAACAUUUUGUGAAUCUUAAGUUUGACCUCAUUGAGGGUCAGUAGUUCAAUAUGAGUAGGAAAAUGAGAGUAUCCCUAAAGAUUUUUUAAAGAAAAAAAAACACUGAUGAUGAUGAUUUUUUCUCUAUCUAUCCCCAAUGGGAUUUUGCAUUGAGAGCUCUUAUACUGUUUCUUUUUAUAGUGUUUUUUUAUUAUCAGUAUAGAUCCAGCCUUAGUUUGAUCCAGGAGGGCCCCUUCUCGUGGGAAGUCUCUCUCCUUCUUUCCCCACAAGUAUCUGAGAUAUUUCUGGAUCAUAUGAUUGUAGCUGCAAGACGGUUUAUUGCACAAAAUGGAGGCCUGUAAAUAACAGAGGAGGCACGAUGCUUGUGGAUAUUGUCGUAGCAACUGCACAUUGUAUAGUUAUAUGCACUCUUUCUGAGUUUGUCAAAGUCUGUAAUUCUUUUAUAUCAUAUGAGAUAUAAAAGUUUACAGCAUAUUAUUCUCUGAAGGAGAACUACUUGAUGAUGAUUUACAGCUGGUAUUUAAUUCCGAGUAGGCUUGCUAAGAUGUAUAAGGCUGAAUCAGAUAAGUGCUGGAGGUGCAAUGAGGUUGAGGGAACGAUUUUUCAUAUGUGGUGGGCCUUUGAAAGGGUAAAAGAACAUUAGGAAGCAAUCCAUAAUGAAUUGAAAAUAAUAAAAGUACUUGUUCCAAAAAAAAUCAGAGUCCUUUUUGUUGGGGAUAAUUCAGAUGGAAAUUCCCAGGUUUCAAAAAAAUGUUAUUUAUGUAUGCCACUACAGCAGCCCAUGUUUCGUUAGCCCCAAAAUGGAAAACGAGUGAGGUCCCAAUGAAAGAAGAAUGGGAACUUAUAUUGAUUGAAUAUGCGCAGCUUGCAGACUUAACAUAUAGAAUAAGAGAGCAAUAAGAACAUACGUUUAGAGAAGAUUGGAAAAUGUUUAUUGACUACAGUGGUACCUCGGGUUAAGUACUUAAUUCGUUCCAGAGGUCCGUUCUUAACCUGAAACUGUUCUUAACCUGAAGCACCACUUUAGCUAAUGGGGCCUCCCGCUGCUGCCGCGCCGCCGGUGCACGAUUCCUGUUCUCAUCCUGAAGCAAAGUUCUUAACCUGAAGCACUAUUUCUGGGUUAGCGGAGUCUGUAACCUGAAGCGUAUGUAACCCGAGGUACCACUGUAUACGGGGUGAAAUUGUGUACACUUGAAACCUUUGGCAGCAUUAAGACAAAUUCAACAGUGUAAAUAAGUUUUGAUGGAUGUAAUGAUGGAAUACUGAAGGGUUUAAUUUGUGUAAAAUAUGCAGGGAUUUAUGAUAUGCAAAAUGAACCAUGGAAAGAGACUAAGGGAAGUCAUUGAUAUCUUACGAUUGCUUAAAUGAGUAUUCAAAAUUGCAAACCACAAAAUUUAAUAAAAAUUAUAUAUACAGUGGUACUCCAGUUGCGGACGGGAUCUGUUCCAGAGCGCUGGUCGGAUCCCAAGGUUUCCGCAACCGGAGGGGCCACUUCUGCGCAUGCACGAGGUGCGGUAGAGCACUUCUGCGCAUGCGCACGUGGUGAAACACUUCCAGGAUUGCCGCUUUCACAACCCGAAGUUUACGUUACCCAAGGGUAACAUAAGCCGAGGUGCUACUGUAUAUAAAAAGAAGAAAAAUUGACCAAAGCACAGGACUGUUAGAAUUCGGGUGUCAAAUUUAAUUUACUGAACCCCAUUCGUUGUGACUUCUUUGUUAGUGCAAAACAUUGCCUUGGUUUUUUAUCUAUUUCAUUCAGUUUCUUACCUGAUUUUUAAAAUAUUUUCCUCCAUAUCGGUAUGCAUACUUUUUUCUCUGCAUUUUUAUUUUUAUAAAUAGCAAAUGUUAAAGGUCCUAGGCUUUUAAUCCUAUGAUAUAAAUAUGGUUUCUCAUAUUGUAUAAUCCAAAGCCUAUGACUUUUAGCAAUUUGCAGUGUUGCAGCACCCUGUAGACCCCUACGGUAUUGGCAUUUAAGCAGCUGCUUAACACUCACCUGUUUACCCAGAGGCGAUCUAGCAAUGUUGAUAUAUCAGUCCGAUCUACUGAUCUGUGAUGUCUUUUGUACUUCUUUUAUGAAUGCAAUACCAUUGUUGAUUUCAUGCUCUUCAUGGUGUCUCUCUCUAUAUAUAUAAUUUUUAAUUUUUAAUUUGAUUUUCAAGAAUAUAAACAUAUAACAAAACCAAUUCUGAAUUCAAAUAUCAAGAUCACUUUGAAUCUCUUGACUCUCCACCCUCAUCCCUUCCAUGGUGCUAUUAAGACUUUUUCAAAUACACGCCUUCUUUCCAAAUAACCUGGUGAGAACUUAAAUGCAGCAAGCAGAGGAACGCAUCUUUUCAAGAGGUGCCCAAAUGCAAUGGGGGCAUUAACGAUUUGGCGGAUCCUUAAUGAGCUUCUCCUUCCUCCUGUGCCUAGAAUCAGUCCUGCUUCCUUCCCUCUGUGUGAUGCGCAGGGACAGAGGCCUUUGCAAAGCCAACGAGAAAAGGUUCUUCUACAACCUCACUACCGGCAAAUGUCAUCCGUUCAGUUACAGUGGCUGCGGCGGGAACGAAAACAACUUUACCUCUAGGAAGUCCUGCCUGCAGAUGUGUAAGAAAGGUAUAAACACAACAGUCUGAGGUAUAAGGGUUAAUAUUUUUUUCCUCCACUGGGAGCGAAAAAUAACUAUCUGAUACACAAGUCAAGCAAAUUUAGACCUUUAAAAAAAAAUUAUAGAAAUUUGAAAAAUAAACGAUAAUUCAACAACAUUUAAAAUUUAAAAUUCCGUUCAUCAACCUAGGGCUUUCCCUUCCACCGCUCCAUGGUUUACCCCCAGUUCCAAUUCUUGCUGCGUAUUAUAAUUAUUUUAUUAAAGGGACUUCCGGUUCGCUUCGGAAGCAAUGGCGGCGCACUCUGUGUCUUCUGUCUAAAAGACGACAUGGUUCAGGCUGAAAGAGCUUUGAGGUGCGUGCCAGGGCUAGGUGCCCCCCAAAAAACUCCCCACGGAAAAGUGGGGACUCUAAGGUCCAGCAGAGCAUGCAAACUCGCCAAUCAUAAUCCCCUGACUGCCGUUUCUGCGCGGGGGAAAGGAAAAGGCUUGAGUCCGCUCACGGCUCCGCCGCGCUCUACAGCCGAAGCCACACACCGCCACCAUAAGGAGUGGAUUUUCCAAUUAGAGAUAAAAAUCAAAUAAAGAAUUAAGAGAAGAAAUUAGGUUUAAAUUGAUUGAUUUGGUGAAACAGAAGCCAAAAAGGAAGUCAGCUUCUGAUUUCUGCGGACAGGCUCUGCAAAGGGGACUUUUUGUGAAUGGGAGCACAGCAUAGCCCUUGCAGCUAUGGAGAUUUUGUAACAGUUUGACUUUGGACAUUUGAGAGACUCUCUUUCUCUUGGAUACAUAUUGGCUAAAGAUGUGUCAAGUUGUCCUCUGGAUAAAGGUAGGAUAUAAAUUGACAGCUGGACAGAAUUUGACAGAUUGAUACUUUGGCAGAGUAGAAAGCAAAAAGACUUACAUAAAAGUACUGUGGAAAUAUAAGCUUUAACUUUAAACCCUGGAACUUGGUGGCACAAAACUGAAGCUAAGCAGGAAAACUCUCCAUCAUAUUAGGGGAGAAAUUCCCCAAGAAGGAAGGAGAACCUGGAAUAGCUAGAGUUGGAUUUGAUAUUUAGUGCUUACUGAAGACCAGGGAAAUUUAUGCAAUACUACCUGCCAAUAAGCAAUUAAUUAAUAUCUUUGGACAUCCUGGAUGCAUAUUUUUCAAGCUUAAAAAUUGGAAGAUUUGGAUUACAAUAUAUUGCAGAACUAUACAUUUGGAUUAAAUUUCGGAUUUAAUUCUGGAUUACAAUUACAAAGCUGGACUAACUCUCAUUUGCCGCCACUUUUUUGGAAAAGGAAAAGAACUAUUGAAGAGAAGUACAUAACCUUAUAUUAACUUUAUAUCAACAGCCUGUACCGGUUUUUGUUUAAUAUCUGGUUUUAGUUUGGGGGAGAAUUGUCCUGUUUGAUAUAUGACAUGCAAUUUUGAAUAAGUAAGAUUUGGUUGGGGGUUAAGGGGCCUAAGAGUGAUAACAGUCAUUUUCUGUUUUUUACAGGUAUUGGGUAUUUUAUGCUCUUCCUUCUGUCUGGGGUUUUUUUUUGUUUUUGUUUUUUUUUGUUUUACAAGGACUGGUGGGGGGGAGGGAACGCUUUAAGGGUAAAGGGAAAAUUUUAUGGUUCAGCUUGGGAGUGCGAAAAUACUUUCACUUCUGGGCUGAACUAAGAAAUGCAGGUGUGCAUUUGACUAGAUCAAAACAAAGGCAUUCAAUUGUGGGAAAACUUUCUAGCUUAGAUAUGGCAGGCAAACAAGAUACAGGAGCUGUCACAAGGAAUCUUCUGACUCCCCACCCCCAUCCCUUCCACGGGUCCUAUUGAUCCUAUUUUCAACUGCAUAUCAAUACUUCUCCAUUUAUGUUUAUCUUUCUAAGUUAUCCAUGCACUGACUUGCUGACAAUGAUCUUGUAUAUAAGGUAUAAACUUUUCCCAUUCUUUUUUAAACAAUAUAUAUAUUUUCUUAAUGUUGGCGGAACACAAAUCUUUUCACACAAAUAAAUCAAUGAAAAGACUGAGUAGUAAUCAGCCGUUUGGCCAUCUCUUCUGAAUGUGGACCAUUCUGUCUGUUUCCAGAUGAUGUCACUGGGUUUUUACCCCCCCCAUCCCUCAUUCUGUCCACGUUAAUCUGCACUUUAAAAGAAUACUUUUUCAGAUACCCGUCUUCUUUCCAAAUAACCUGCUGUGAACUUAAAUGCUGCACGGCUGACGAAGCCCGGUUGGGCGAAACAAGGGAUUAUUCUGGAAUCCUUGUCUUAUUUUCUGCAUGUGUCAUUCUUCCAAGUUUUUCAUCUGACACCUGCAAACAAGGAAUGCUAGAAUUCUGAAAAGCAUCUUCAUGUGGAACACUACAAGACUGAUAUAAGAAUUCCACACCGUGGAUAUUGUCAAUAUAAGAACUGAAUAGAUUGUAUUUCCUGAUCAAUCUGCUGGACUUUAAUUUCUCAUAAUAUGUUUUGUUUAUAUGAUAAGUUGGUCAAUAGAACCAUAUAUUUUGAUAUGAUAUGUUGAAUCGCAUUUUAAAAGAAUGUAUAUAGUUACAUACAGCCUGUUACGUUGUUGUGUUGUUAUCAGUUUUGGAAUUUACGUGACAAAGGGUUUGGUAGUGUUUUGAGAACUUAAAUGCAGGAAGCAGAGGAGCACAUCUUUUUAAGAGGUGCCCAAAUGCAAUGGGAGCAUUAACGAUUUGGUGGAUCCUUAAUGAGCUUCUCCUUCCUCCUGUGCCUAGAAUCAGUCCUGCUCCCUUCCCUCUGUGUGAUGCGCAGGGACAGAGGCCUUUGCAAAGCCAACGAGAAAAGGUUCUUCUACAAUCUCACUACCAGCAAAUGUCAUCCGUUCAGUUACAGUGGCUGCGGCGGGAACGAAAACAACUUUACCUCUAGGAAGUCCUGCCUGCAGAUGUGUAAGAAAGGUAUAAACACAACAGUCUGAGGUAUAAGGGUUAAUAUAUUUUUUCCCUCCAUGGGGGGGGGGGGGAGUAACUAUCUGAUACACAAGUCAAGCAAAUUUAGACCUUUAAAAAAAUAUUUAUAGAAAUUUGAAAAAUAAUUCAACGUUUAAAAUUUAAAAUUCUGUUCAUCAACCUAGGACUUCCCCCUCCACCCCUCCAUGGUUUUCCCCAAAUUCCAAUUCUUGCUGCAUAUUAUAAUUAUUCUAUAAUAAGGUUACCAGAUUUUUUUCAAAGAAUCCAGGGACACUUUUUUAAAAAAGAGGGGUGAAAAGUUAUUUUUUUAAAGUUAUUAAAAAAAUAAGAAGUAAUAUCUUCUCUUCUGUGGUCUCCCCUGUGCAAAUCAAAAUCCCUGCACUGAUGGAACAAACUAGUUGGGUACCAGCCAACAUGAGGACAGGUCCUUGUUCCAAGGGGGUGUUGCAACCUAGGAUUAGACAGAAGAGAGUGCGAAUACAGAGCCAGGUUUAGUACAUCACAUCCAUGGGUAGGAAAACUAAGGCCCAGGGGCCGGAUCCAGCCCAAUCACCUUCUAAAUCCGGCCCACAGACGGUCUGGGAAUCAGCAUGUUUUUACAUGAGUAGAAUGUGUCCUUUUGUUUAAAAUGCAUCUCUGGGUUAUUUGUGGGGCAUAGGAAUUCGUUCAUUCCCCCCCCCCCCAAAUAUAUAUAUAUAUAUAGUCCGGCCCCCCACAGGGUCGCAGGGAUGGUGGACUGGCCCCCUUCUGAAAAAGUUUGCUAACCCCUGAUAAUUUUUCACAUCUAUGUUUCUUGUUUCCUCCAGGUUUCCAAGGCAGAAUGAAAAUUCGCCGGAAGAGAAAAAAACAAGUGAAGCUGAUAGAUGGGGAAAUUGUCAUUGAAAGGAUAUAG